UCAGUGUGAGUGUUGAAAGUUCAGUGAGUGCCUGGUGUCUGCAAGGCUCCGUCGGGUGAGGACUAUAGGGGGGUGUAGCCUUCGUCAGCAUGGCUACAGUAAAAAAGAAGCCUCCUAGCCUCGCUCAUAUAGUGACGUUAACGUUAUUAUUACCAGUGGUUUCUGCUCAAGUGAACUUAGGACAAACAAACUUAGAACAAGUGAACUUAGGACAAGGUCUCCAGAGAGAGAUAUUCUUCCUGAACCUGGAAGAUGGAUACUUUGGAUGUCAGGUGAACGCCUCGACCGAGGUGCUACAACUCUUCGAGGUCUCCAAGCUGUGUGACGGCACUCCAAACUGCUUCCUCGGAUCAGACGAGAACUACAGUGAACUCAAGUGCACCAGUAAGUUAUCAACGAACUGUGGUGAACUUAGAUGGAACCCCAGACAGUGCUCCACAGGGAACCCCAGACAGUGCUCCACAGGGAACCCCAGACAGUGCUCCAAGGAACCCAGAAGUGUUACAGGAAUCCCUAGACAGUGCUCCACAGGAACCCAGACUGCUCCACAGAACCCAACAGUAGCUCACAGGAACCAGACAGUGUCAGGAACCCCAACAUUGUGCUCCACGGAACCAGCAGUGCUCCACAGGAACCCAGACAGUGUUUUCCACCGGGAAUACCCAGACAGUGCUCCACAGUGGAACCAUGACAGUCUCAGGAACCAGACAGUGCUCCACAGGGAACCAGACAGUGCUCCACAGGGACCCAGACAGUGCUCCACAGAACCCAGGACAGUGCUCAACAGGGAACCACAGAUAGUGCUCCACAGGGAACCCGACUGCUCACAGGACUCCAGUCAGUGCUUCCAUGAACCCCAGACCAGUGCUUCACGGGACCGUACUGUGACUUCACGGGAACCAGACAGUGCUCCCAGUGAACCCAGAUCAGUGUUCACAGGUGAACCUGACUGUCUUCAUAGGACCAGACAGUGCUCCACAGUGGACCAGACAGCUGCUACCAGGGAACCCCAGACAGUGCUCCACAGGGAACCCCAGACAGUGCUUCACAGGGAACCCCAGACAGUGCUCACAGGGAACCCCAGACAGUGCUCACAGGGAACCCCAGACAGUGCUCACAGGGAACCCCAGACAGUGCUCCACAGGGAACCCCAGACAGUGCUCCACAGGGAACCCCAGACAGUGCUUCACAGGGAACCCCAGACAGUGCUCCACAGGGAAACCCCAGACAGUGCUCACAGGGAACCCCAGACAGUUGCUCCACAGGGAACCCCAGACAGUGCUUCACAGGGAACCCCAGACAGUGCUCCACAGGAACCCCAGACAGUGCUCCACAGGGAACCCCAGACAGUGCUCCACAGGGAACCCCAGACAGUGCUUCACAGGGAACCCCAGACAGUGCUCCACAGGGAACCCCAGACAGUGCUCCACAGGGAACCCCAGACAGUGCUCCACAGGGACCCAGACAGUGCUCCAGGACCAGACAGUGCUCACAGGGAACCAGACAGUGCUCCACGGAACCCCAGACAGUGCUCCACAGGGAACCCCAGACAGUGCUCCACAGGGAACCCAAUAGUGCUCACAGGGAACCCCAGAAGUGCUUCACAGGGAACCCCAGAUAGUGCUCCACAGGGAACCCCAGACAGUGCUCCACAGGGAACCCCAGACAGUGCUCACACGGGAACCCCAGACAGUGCUUCACAGGGAACCCCAGACAGUGCUCCACAGGGAACCCCAGACAGUGUUCCACAGGGAACCCCAGACAGUGCUUCACAGGGAACCCCAGACAGUGCUCCACAGGGAACCCCAGACAGUGCUCCACAGGGAACCCCAGACAGUGCUCCACAGGGAACCCCAGACAGUGCUCCACAGGGAACCCCAGACAGUGCUCCACAGGGAACCCCAGACAGUGCUCCACAGGGAACCCCAGAUAGUGCUUCACAGGGAACCCCAGACAGUGCUCCACAGGAAACCCCAGACAGUGCUCCACAGGGAACCCCAGAUAGUUCUUCACAGGGAACCCCAGACAGUGCUUCACAGGGAACCCCAGACAGUGCUCCACAGGGAACCCCAGACAGUGCUCCACAGGGAACCCCAGACAGUGCUCCACAGGGAACCCCAGACAGUGCUCCACAAGGAAAUCCAGACAGUGCUCCACAGGGAAACCCAGUGCUCCACAGAGAACCCCAGACAGUGCUCCACAGAGAACCGCAGACAGGAACCCCAGACAGUGCUCCACAGGGAACCCCAGACAGUGCUCCACAGGGAACCCCAGACAGUGCUCCACAGGGAACCACAGAUAGUGCUCCACAGGGAACCCCAGACAGUGCUUCACAGGGAACCCCAGACAGUGCUCCACAGGGAACCCCAGACAGUGCUCCACAGGGAACCCCAGACAGUGCUUCACAGGGAACCCCAGACAAUGCUUCACAGGGAACCCCAGACAGUGCUCCACAGGGAACCCCAGACAGUGUUCCACAGGGAACCCCAGACAGUGCUCCACAGGGAAACCCCAGUGUUCACAACUAUGUGACAGCUAUAAACUGCCCGUACACGCAGGGUUACAAGUGCAUCAACGGUGCCUGUCUCGACGGCCUCUGUCACUGUAACGAUGGUUAUGGUGGUUGUGGCUGUGAAUCACCAGAUGAGAACGAGUGCAAGUACCGUCCGUGUGACGUGUUCGCUACCUGUACCAACACUCUGGGCUCCUUCUACUGCACCUGCUUCCCAGGCUACGAGGGUGACGGCUUCACCUGCUCUGACAUCGACGAGUGUUUGGUGCCGGAGCUGGCAGCUAAGUGUGUUGAAGAUGCAGAGUGUUGCAACCUGCCAGCACACUACACUUGCAAGUGCAAGGAAGGAUUCACCGGAGAUGGUUACAACAUUUGUACAGGUGAGUGUAUACACACACACACAUACACACACAUACACACACACAUACACACAUACAUACACAUACACACACACAUACACAUACACACACACAUACACACACACAUACACACACACACACACACACACACACACACACACACACACACACACACAUACACACACACAUACAUACACACACCUCGUGCCCUCUGUGGUGCCACAGACGUGGAUGAGUGCCAGAAUGACCCGUGUGGUGCCAACGCCGUCUGUCUGGACAGUGUGGGUAGCUACUCCUGUCAGUGUCUGGAAGACUACACUGGCGACCCCUACACUGGUUGUGUUGACAUUGACGAGUGUACAGCAUACAACCGCCCCUGCGGGAUCAACGCUCUCUGCCAGAACGCCCAGCCCGGAUUCACCUGUUUGUGUCCUCAGGGCUUUAUUCCCAGCCCUACACCUGAUGUGGCCUGCGAGCAGGCGGACGUCAACAUCCUGUGUGUGUCCAACUUCGACUGUGUCAACAACGCUGAGUGCCGAGAGAAUCAGUGUUUCUGCCGGGAUGGCUUCAGGGCCGUGGGUGCCGAGUGCCAAGACGAAGAUGAGUGCCAACUCUCCCCCUGUGGCCCAAAUGCUCAGUGCCAGAACGUGCCUGGCAGCUUCCAGUGCACCUGUAACUUUGGUUUCAUAGGGAACCCUCCCGAAACUGUAUGCAAAGCUCCGUGUGAAGGCGUUGAGUGCGGCCCCAACGCCUUCUGUAAAGCCGAUGGUAUUCAAGCUAGCUGUAUGUGUAACCCAGGCUGGACCUAUGAUCCUGGCAACAUUGCUGCUGGUUGUGUUGACGUGGACGAGUGUUCAGCAGGUCAGCGUCCCUCGGGUCAGUGUGGAGAUAAUGCUCUCUGUACCAACACUCCGGGAUCCUUCUCCUGCCAGUGUCCUCCAGGAUUCUCAGGCAACCCCAACACUAAAUGUCUAGAUGUGGACGAGUGUAGUCGUGGAGGGUCGUGUGGUGCUGGGGCUGUGUGUAGCAACACUGUGGGCUCCUACACCUGCACCUGCCCACCCAACACCGUGGCUGACCCUGACCCCUACACCCAGUGCCUCGAUAUCAUGAAGUGUGCCAAUGACGAUGACUGCCCUGGCAACGCCCUCUGUCUCCUUAGCCAGUGCAUGUGUCCAGAACCCAACAUCGGCGAUGACUGUAGACAUCCGUGUGAGGACGUGCGCUGUGGCCCCAACGCCGGGUGUAAGUUAAUCAACGGCCAGCCAAGGUGUAUGUGUCUCCAGGGUUAUUCCGGUAACCCCAUCGGAGUUUUUGGCUGCACAGAUAUUAACGAAUGUGUUAAUAACCCAUGUGGCACUGGCGCCAUCUGCCGUAAUGAACCUGGAACGUUUACUUGUGAGUGUGCCACAGGGUUCGAGGGAGACGCAGCUAGAGAGGGAUGUGUGGAGGUCAAGUCUCCUGGGUGUAGCCCCACUCAGCCCUGCCCCUCGGGUGAGCAAUGUGUCACUGACGAAGCCAUCGGGGAGAACGUGUGCGUGUGCCGUCGCGGUUACACCAGAGACCAGGCCACCGGAAAAUGCCGUGACAUCAACGAGUGUACUGAGAACCGCAUUGACAAGCCUGUCUGUGGCCUCAACGCCAACUGUAAGAACCUGCCAGGGUCCUAUGACUGCCAGUGUCCUCCUGGCUUCGUUGGCAACCCCUUCAGCAACUGCGAGAAGUGCAGUACACUGGAAUGCACAUGUCUGCCACCAUACCGCAUUGUGCAAGGCAGCUGUGUACUAGCUAACUGCUCCCUAGGUAAGCCAUGUCCUGCAGGAGCCGAAUGUGUGACCAUCCAGGGUGGAGUUAGCUACUGCGCCUGCCCUACUGGAUACACCACCCUGGCUGAUGGUUCCUGCCACGAUGUAGACGAGUGUAUCGUGCGUCGCCCUGACGGUCGUCCUGCCUGUGGCCUGGGUGCUGAAUGUUACAACCAGCUGGGUGGCUACGAAUGUCGGUGUGCUCCAGGCUCUACCGGCGACCCCUACACUGCUGGAUGCUCAGUAGCUGUGCUCCAGUGUUCCAGUGAUGCUGAGUGUGCUGUCAAUGAAAGGUGUGUCCAACCUGGCAAGUGUAUCUGUCCUCCGCCCUACUUUGUUGACAAUCAAGAUGAAAACAAGUGUAAGAGUCCCUGCGAAGCUUUCUCUUGUGGCAUCAACAGCAAAUGUACACCCUCAGACCCACCCCAGUGUAUGUGUCUGCCAGGAUUCCUUGACAGAGGACCUGCUGGCUGUGUUGAUAUAGAUGAGUGCCGUGAGAACCCCUGUGGCCAGGGUGCCAUCUGUAUGAAUGAAAUCGGAACCUAUAAAUGUGAGUGUCCACCAGGAACUGUCGGUGACCCCUUCCUUGGGUCUUGCACGGGGACACAGGUUGGUGCCUGUGUGACUGACAGUGACUGCCCUGGAGAUCUGGCAUGCACAGACACAGGUGCAUGUGUCAACCCUUGUGAUGCUUUACCAUGUGGUGCCAACGCUUACUGUGAAGCUGAAGAACAUGCCGCUUGGUGCCGCUGUCACCCAGGUUAUGCCGAAGGACCCAAUGGUGACUGUAUAUCUAUGUGUGAUGGUUUUUUGUGUGGACUUAACUCUCUGUGUAUUGUGGCACGUGAUGGCCCUACUUGUAAGUGUGAGCCAGGCUUCAGUGGUAACCCCUUUCCUGGUGGUGAGUGCCACAUUGACCAGUGCUCGGCCACCUCCCCAUGCCAGGAGCCUCAAGUAUGUGUCAAUGGCAGAUGCAAGGAGCGCUGUGAGGGCAUCGUUUGUGGCAUAGGUGCCAAAUGUGACAAGGACACCAACAAGUGUGUGUGUCUACCGUUCUUCCUGGGUGACCCACUACUCCUCUGUGUACCACCUGUGACGCCGCCACUGUGUACUCCCGGUUGUGGUACCAAUGCCCACUGUGAGUAUGGCCAACCCAACAGGUGCAUCUGUAAUACCGCCUAUAGUGGAAAUCCAUAUGAGUCAUGUGAGUCAGAGGAAAAGACGGUCGACUGCUCCACUACCAAGUGUGGCACUAAUGCCAAGUGUAGACAGGGUGUCCACCGAGUUGACUGUGUGUGCCCCGUUGGCUUCCAAGGAAACCCCUAUGUGGAGUGUGUCGACGUCGAUGAAUGUAUUGGCAGUGCAUGUGGCAUGAACGCUGUCUGUCUGAACACAGAGGGCAGCUUCGACUGUCGAUGUCAAGAAGGCUUCUUCGGCAAUCCUUUCCAGAUGUGUAUGCCACGAGAAGUUGUCCCUGACUCAGAACCAUGCCAGGAGAGUCCUGAGACCUGUGCUGACAUUGCCUGUGUAGGAAUCUCGUGUGGCCCCAAUGCUGCCUGUGACCAGGGACUCUGUGUCUGUCUUGUAGGCUUUCAGGGAAAACCUGACGACCUCACAGAAGGCUGUCAGCCCUCUGACUGCCGCAACGACCUCGACUGUGAUGACGAGGAGAUUUGCUUCUCCUUCAAUAGACGCCGCACAUGUGUGAAUGCCUGCAACAAGGUGGAGUGCGGUCCCAACGCUCUGUGUGUGGCUCAGGACCACCGUUCCUCUUGUCUUUGUAAGGAGAACCACCUGGGCAACCCCAGCGACCCAGUGUUAGGAUGUCAACCUGCUGACCGCGAGAGUUACUGUGAAGAGGACGAUGAUUGCAGCGAUGGCCAGGUGUGCCAGGUGGACCUGCAGGGCUUGCGUGGUUGUGUUGACCCUUGCCUAUCACACACCUGCGGCCAGAACGAGCUGUGCUACGUACAGAGUGGACGACCUUUGUGUCGCUGUCAUGACGGAUAUCUACGUAACCCAACCAACAACCGCUGCCAGAAGCCAGCUGUGCCAGACUGUAAGAGUGACGUCGAGUGUCAGGUGACAGCCUCCUGCCGUCCUGACCAACUGGGUGUACUCAAAUGUGUUGAAGUGUGUGAAGAUUUCAACUGCCCGGCACACUCCUCCUGCUUCGCCGACAAUCACCGCGGACAGUGUCGAUGUGACCCAGGCUUCACAGGUAACCCCAAUGACCGCAGUGGGUGCCGCCUUGUGCCCCGUGACAAGUGCCAGUCUGAUGCCCAGUGCCCAGAAAGUGAGAGGUGUGAGGCACAGGGUAGUGUGCGCAAGUGUGUGGCAGUGUGUGACAGCACUCGUUGUGGCCCUGGUGCUGUUUGUAUUGCUAACAACCAUGCCGCUCAGUGCCAGUGUCCUCCGGGACUCUUUGCUGGUGAUCCCAACGACCCUGUGAGUGGUUGUGCCUCCGUCAGCUGCAUCAUCAACGAGGACUGUCCCACAGACAAAGCCUGCAACAGACUUGAUUACACCUGCUUUGACGUGUGCUACGAUGCUUGUGGUGACAAUGCCAUCUGCAUUGCUGAGAACCACCGCUACAACUGCAAGUGUCCGCCGGGCUCCAGACCCAACCCAUCUGCCGAGAUUGAGUGUAAAGCUGUGGACUUAUGUGAUCCUAAUCCCUGCCACUCCUCGGCCACCUGCUCCCGGACAGGUGGAAGCCACCAGUGCUCCUGCCCACCUGGUAUGGUGGGCGACCCCUACACUACUGGCUGCCACCCAGAAGGCAUGUGCCCCAAUGGUGACAAGGACUGCCCUCUUGACAGUGUCUGCAUCAACAGUCGAUGCUCUUCACCCUGUGAUCGUGCCUGUGGCCCUAACACACUGUGUAAUGUAGUCAACAGGAAACCAAUAUGCAACUGUCCACCAGGUUUUCAACCCAAUCUAACACCAGACAAGGGAUGUAAUCGUGUGAUAUCUUUGUGUAGUAAUGACGCACAAUGUCAGGGUGGUGUUUGCCUGGAAGGUCAGUGUCGCACAGUGUGCCGUGAUAACUCUGAGUGUGCUCAGGGUGAGCGAUGCAUUAACAACAUGUGCAUGGUUCCAUGCGUCUCUUCCUCUCAGUGCCCUCCCAACCAGGCUUGUAAUAAUGGUGUGUGUCUCCUGGGAUGCCGCACCAACAGUGACUGUCCUGCUGAGAAGGGCUGUGUCAACAGCAAGUGUGAGGACCCAUGCACCAGGGAGAAUGUGUGUGGCCCCAAUGCCCUAUGUCAUGUACAGGACCACCUUGCACAAUGCCAGUGUCCGGAACGCUUCAACCCAACACCCACACCACAGCAAGGGUGCAUCCGUGUCCCCUCCUCUUGCACUACUGUUGCAGAAUGUAGCCCCAAUACUGUAUGUGACUUUGGUAAGUGCAAGCCAGUGUGUCAGCAGAAUUUACAGUGUGCCCAAGGCGAGAGUUGUACAGGAGGAUUGUGUCUCAAGGUUUGCUUUGGUGACGGCAACUGUCUUCAAGGUGAAGUGUGUAUCGAAGGAUCAUGUGUCUCAGGGUGUCGUAGCAACAGUGACUGUCGUGGAGAUGAAGUUUGUAUAUCAAAGAAAUGUAUGUGUGCCAAGGGCUACCUACCCAGCCCCAACGGGUGUGUAGAUGUGGACGAGUGUAAGGAGAAUCCAUGCCAUGGAACAGCUUCUUGUAUCAACGUUCCCGGCUCCUACAAGUGUAUCUGUCCUCACUUUACUGUGGGUGACCCAUAUGUGGCACCAGGCUGCCAGAAACCCAGCCAGUGUGUGGACGACAGUGAGUGUGAAGGAGAACAAGCAUGUGAGCUGAACACUGAGGGAGUCUACAAGUGUGUUGAGCCAUGUAGCUCUGCCGUGUGUGGCACAAAUGCUCGCUGCAAGGUGGCUGACCGUAAGCCUCUGUGUCAGUGUGAUCCAGGCCAUUAUGGAGACCCCAACGACCUCUCCGUCGGCUGUGUUCCGGGAGAUUGUAUCGUAAAUGAAGACUGCUCCAGUAAUAAACUGUGUGACUUACUCAGCUACAAGUGCAUCAACCCCUGUGAUAACACCAACUGUGGCUUUGGUCGGUGUCAGACUGUGGAUCACUCUGCCGUCUGCUACUGUGAUCGAGGCUUCCACAGGGACUCUAGUGGGCUGUGUGUGGACGUGGAUGAGUGCCAUGACACUCCCUGCCACAGGUCUGCUCUCUGCCAAAAUACCUUGGGCAGCUACUUAUGUGUAUGUCCACAGGGCCAGGUAGGUGAUCCAGUCACUACUGGCUGUCAUACCCCUGGUCAGUGUGUCGAUGACUCCUCCUGCCCUGAUACUGCUGCCUGUGCCAAUAACAACUGCUACAACCCAUGUACAAAACCUGGAGUGUGUGGUGCCGGUGCACAGUGUACAGCUGAAAAUCAUCGCGCAGUUUGCUUCUGUCCACCGCGCUACACAGGCGAUCCUCUAGCCAGUUGUGUUGCCCUUGAGUGUCUGGGUCACAACGAGUGUCCUGCUGACAAGUCUUGUGUGGCCAAUAGGUGUGUUAACCCUUGUUCCAUUGCUGGCGUGUGUGGCAAGAAUGCCGGUUGUACACCCCGUGCUCACCUCCACCAGUGCUUCUGUCAGGCUGGCUUCACUGGUGACCCCAACCUCGGGUGUACCAUCAUCACUUACUGUGUAGUGGAGACAGAUUGUCCUUCUGGGGAACAGUGCAAUGGAGGAGUUUGUGUCGUAACGGCAUGUACCAGCAACCGUGGCUGCUUGGCUGGACAGGUGUGCCUAGAGGGCUCCUGUGUCCCCACCUGCCGUGCCUCCACUGACUGUCCUGAACUCCAGGUGUGCCAGAACAACAUUUGCGUGCCGGAGAUCAGGUGUCGCCAGAACACAGACUGUGGCACAGAGGAGCAGUGCCGUACCAACAGUGUGGGUCAGGCUGAGUGUAAGGAAGCCUGUGAUGCACUCAUACUGUGUGGUCGCAAUGCCCAGUGUGUUGCUAUCAACCAUGAACCAGUCUGUCAGUGCCCCCAGGGUUACUUCGGCGACCCUCAGGACGAGCGAGGCGGCUGCAAGAAAAUUGAGUGUGACGAAGAUGAUGACUGUGAGCAGAACGAACGUUGUGAUAACUACUUGUGCAAGACUGCGUGUCGUGUCAACAAUCAGUGUGGGGAGAAUGCUCUGUGUAUCUCAGAAGCUCACAAGGCCAUCUGCUUCUGUCGUGAUGGCUUCCAAGGCGACCCCCUCAAAGGAUGUCAACCAAUCGACGUGUGUGUGGACAAUCCGUGUGGGAAAGGUGCUAGCUGCUACAAUUUCCGUGGUAACUUUAAGUGCUUGUGUCCCCCUGGCACGGUAGGUGACGCCUACACUGAGGGAUGUAAGCCUCCAGUUGACUGUCUUAUCGACUCUGACUGCCCACCUUCAGCCUUCUGUGGUGAGGAGAACAACCUGCCUAAGUGUAAGGAUGUGUGUGAAGAUUCUGUCUGUGGUCCCAACUCUGAGUGCCGCGGGGUCACCCACCGUCCUGUAUGUGCCUGCAUUAGUGGCUAUGAGGGCGACCCCACCGACCUAGUAACAGGAUGCCGUCCUCAGGAGAUAACAUGUCGUCUCAAUGCUGAUUGUCCACCCAACACCCUCUGUGAUGGAGGACUCUGUAGACCACCGUGUCAGAGUGAUAGUGAGUGUGGACUGACUGAGUCAUGUGCCCAUGGUCAGUGUGCCAACCUUUGUGACCUGGACCAGGCCUGCGGUCUCAACUCCAUCUGUAACAUGGUCAACCACAAGCGGGAGUGUUCCUGUCCUCCUGGCUUCACUGGUAAACCAGACAUGGAGUGCUAUAGGAUCCCCACUGCCUGUCAGAGGAACAAUGACUGUCCUGCAGGCUUUGUGUGUAAUAACGGUGUCUGCAGUCCAGCUUGUACUGGAGACAACGCCUGCGCCCAGAACGAGAAAUGCAUAACUGGAUCCUGCAUGUUAACGUGUCGUCUGGACAAUGACUGCUUCCUGGGCCACAUCUGCCUUAACAACAUAUGUAUGAUUGGGUGUCGUGCCAAUGAGGACUGCACAGCCAGCCAGGCUUGCCUCAAUAACCGCUGCACUGAACCUUGCGGUGCCUCUGCCGUGUGUGGCCCCAACGCUGUCUGCUCUGUGGUCAACCAUCGUGCUCAGUGCUCCUGCCCUGCUGGCUUCAUUCCCAACCCCACACCUAAUGUGGCCUGCUCCAGGAAGCCUAUUGCUUGUGCCAUUAACUCUGACUGCUCUUCUGGCUUCAUCUGUAGCUCAGGCACCUGCAUGGCCAUCUGCUCCUCUAACUCCAACUGUCUGGACACUGAGCAGUGUGAUGGCUCCAUAUGUCGUCCCACUUGUCGUCGUGAUGAUGAUUGUCGCUCAGGAGAAAUUUGCAAUCAGUUGAUAUGUACAACAGGGUGUCGCUCAGACGUGGAGUGUCCAUCGAAGCAUGCUUGUGUCAACAACAAGUGUAUAGACCCGUGUGCCUCGCCGACAGCUUGUGGUGGAAAUUCUCUGUGUACCGUAGAAAGCCACCGUGUCAAGUGUUCCUGUCCAGAAAAAAUGGUCGGGGAUCCCUACGUUAACUGUCGCCUCCUUCCAACCUCCUGCACUGACAACAAACACUGUCCUAAGGAUAUGACUUGCUUCUCGGGUACCUGCCGUUCGCUCUGCAAAUCCGACCAAGCCUGCUUCCAGAACGAGCGCUGCGUCGGUGGUGUUUGUAAGGAAAUCUGUAAUUCAGACACCCAGUGUGGUGCUGGCAACAUCUGCGAAGGUCGCUUAUGUAUAUUGGGUUGUCGAUCAGAUUCCACUUGUCCAUCAGAUCAAUCCUGUAUAAACCGUAAGUGUGGUGACCCAUGUGAGGAAGGACAUGCUUGUGGGACAUGUGCAGAGUGUCAAGUAGUGAACCACCAAGUGCAGUGUAGCUGCUCAGCCAACACUGUGGGUAACCCACUCCAUGCCUGCACCACACCAACCCGCCAGUGCAGCUCUGACACUGACUGUGGUCUUCAUGCAUCUUGCAAAGGUGGUUUCUGUGCCAAGUCUUGUAGCUCCUCAGACCAGUGUAACUGUGGUGAGAGCUGCAGUGAGGGUUACUGUUAUGCUCAGUGUAGUGAGGAGAGGGACUGCUCUCAAGGCUUCUUGUGUCGUGCUGGUAUCUGUACUGUAGGUUGUCGCACAAACACUGACUGCCCACUCACUCACGGCUGCAUUAAUGGCAAGUGUGGUAACCCAUGUGACGAUAACUUGUGUGGUAAGAAUACCCGCUGCAGAGUGUCAGACCACCGACCACUCUGCUUCUGCAUCACCGGUUAUCAUGGCAACCCCAAAGAAGGCUGUGAGAAGUACGAAUGUCUCAAUGACAGUGAUUGUGGUCGAGAAGAAACCUGCAUCAAUCGUGUGUGUAAGAACCCAUGUCUGGAGGGCACCUGUGGCAUCAACGCCCGUUGUCGUGUUCUCAACCGUGCUGUAGAUUGUUCUUGUCCUCCCAACUACUUCGGCAAUCCGCAGGUAGAAUGCAAGAAGGAGAUCAACGAGUGUUUGAACAACCCUUGUGCCAACAAUGCCCAGUGUAUCAACACUGUUGGAAGUUUCAUUUGCAGUUGUAACACUGGCUGUCACGGAGACCCCAACCAUGCCGGCUGUCUCUGCCCACAAGACCAAGUUGACCCAUGCAAGAGGACCUCUUGUGGCCAGAAUGCCAAGUGUCGAGAUAUCUCAGCCAGUGAAGCCGAGUGUUUCUGUCCAGACCAUCUUCCUAAUGGUGACCCGCUUGUUAAAUGUACUGGGGACUGCCGACAGACCGGGUGUGGGGUGGCAGCUUCUUGUCUACGUGAAGCUGAUGGCAGCUACGGGUGUAGGUGCCGUGAUGCCACCUGGAUAGGUGACCCUCAUGUGGAGUGUGUACCAGAUACUCAGUGCACGCUUGACACAGACUGCCCGCCGGCUCAGGCAUGUAUCAGUGGAAUGUGUAAGGAUCCGUGCACGCUGCGAGGCGCGUGCGGGGAGCGAGCUCUCUGUCAUACCGUGGCGCAUGCGGCCAUCUGCUCCUGCCCACAGUGUUAUGUGGGUCGGCCGCAGGUUGCUUGCCGCCCAGAUCCCGCCUGCGCCACGCCUAGGCCGCCCAUGGAGCCGCCCCUGGUGGGCGGGUGUGGGCGCGACGGUGACUGCGGAGAGAGUCGGGCGUGCGACGCCUCACUUCGCACCUGCUACGACCCUUGCUCCCGCGGCUCCUCUGUUUGCCAAGCUAAUAAAGUGUGUGAAGUCAGGAAACACAAAGCUACGUGUAUAUGCAAGUAUGGCUUUGUUGUCAACUCAGUGGGAGAGUUUGUGUGUGCGACAGGACCCAUUGAUUGCCGUGGCGACGACGAUUGCGCCAGCAACCUGGCGUGUGUGAGCAACAGAUGCACCAACCCGUGUGGAGUGGGCCGUCCCUGCCCACCCAACAAGCAGUGUGAAGUGCUCAACCACCGACCCGUGUGUAUCUGUCUCAAGGAUUGCACACCAUCCAUCACCAUCUGCCUUAGGGACGAAGGGUGCGCUCCCACGCAGGCCUGCGUCUCCUACCAGUGUGUGGAUCCCUGCGCCUCGCAUGGCUGCCCUGGGGACACUCCCUGCUACGUUGAAGACCACAAGCCUCUGUGUAAAUUCUGUCCACCAGGCUUUACUGUCGAUCCCGACUUUGGCUGCGUCAAAGACAUCGAUACUUCCACCCCCUCCACCCCCUCCAUCACCACCACCAGCAGGUCCACCACGACGCCGUGUCGCAGUGAUGCUGACUGCGGCACGACCAAACAUACGUGUCUCCAGGGGCACUGCACAAACCCCUGCCUGGACGCCUGUGGGACACUCCAUUGUUCGGUCUUUACACGCCCAGAUGGCCUACUCAAAAUAAACUGUGUCGACACAGUCAAAACCUCACCCACUACCACGCCGCCCCAAGACUUCGGCAAGACAUUAAGACCUAAACUUCCCACUAAAACUGUAGGCUUCUUUCCCGACCAACCUCACGACACAAAGACCUUGACCUCCUUCACAACUCCGAUCCCUCACACCUCCUCUAGGACACCUAACAUUCCCGCAACAGGUAAACAACCAAUUAUUGUCAUUAAAAGACCUGCAACAAUCCCAGAGAUCCCCAUUAUAUUUGCGACUGAUACACCAGUAUCUCCAGUAACAGAGUCAUCUGUCCAGCCUUCUAGCAGUCCAGUAUCCCCAACAAGACGACCCAGGCCAUCUACACCCCCUCCACCUUCCACACCAAGACGCCCCUUUUUCACAACAUCCCAACCACUCACCACAACACAGUCAUCAUCACUAGCCACUGACACACACACGAAUCAACCCCACACAACACUACCACCAUCAGACACGCAAGUACCGACCCAACCUCAUACCCUACCAGCACCACCAGUGCCAGCUACGGACACACCGUCAGAGAGACCUCCAAUACGCUACACCUCUAGACCGGCUACAAAGUUCCCUCCAACGAGACCCACAAUACCUUCAACACUACCAGUCACAACGCCACGACCAGUCACCACUCCCAUCCCAGACACCCCUGUACUUGCCACCACCUCCACGCCGUCAGUUCCUAAAACAUUGUCCCGGGUGCCGAAGAGCUGCACAAGUAGCGUGGAGUGUCCCAGGAACUUGUUGUGCCAGAACAAACGUUGUAUAGACCCAUGCAAGGUGUCCAGUCCAUGUGGUAGUGGGUUUGUGUGUCAGGUGAUAAGUAACAGACUAACAUGUCAGUGUCCCACGGGGUCUGUCCAAGGCUCCCGGUGUCCCCAAGCUGUUGGGUGCCGUGAUGACUCUGAGUGUCCAGCUAGCCAGGCAUGUAUCAACGAGAAGUGUCUGAACCCAUGUGUGGCUCGUAACCCAUGCUCUGCCAAGGAGGACUGUAAAGUGGAGAACCAGAGGGCCACUUGUCUCACUGUCGGGUGUCGCAGCAACACUGACUGCCCCAGCGAGUACGCCUGCUACAACAAGGAGUGUCUCUCUCCCUGUGAAGUACGAAGUCCUUGUUUCACCUCUGAGAGAUGCGAAGUUCGUGAUCACAUCCCCUUCUGUAUCUCAGACCCAGCUUGUGUCCGGGACGCUGACUGCCUGCCUGACCACGCCUGCCUCUCCGGUCACUGCAUGAACCCCUGUCUCAUGACGGACGCCUGUGGCCUCGACGCUGACUGUCGUGCCGUCGGUCAUCUCCCCAGCUGCACCUGUCCCCCAGGAUACACCGGCGACCCCAGGAAAAGGUGCUCCCUCCUACCCUCCUCAGAGUGUACCUGCCACGACUCUGAUGACUGUGACGACGGGUUUGCCUGCGACGGGUGUACCUGCAAGCCACAACUCUCUGAAGUAGUGAGCUGUGACCCGCCCUGCCAGGGAGACGAGUACUGUGAUGAUCAUGAUCUUGUGUGUCGCCCAGCAUUAACCACAACUACCACCAACACCACCACACCUGCUACAGCCACCACACUAACCCAACCAGAUGGUGAAGCUUACAUCACCACCGCUUCCCCCACGGCGCCGCCCACCACACCACCCGCACACCCACCCACCGCCACGCCACCCAGUCACCCGAAGCCACCCUCAACGCCGGAGAUCACCUAUACAGAAGAACCACCCUCAUCCACCAUCCAAUACCCAUUCCCACCCACCCACUAUCCAUAUCCUACAACCCACUACCCAUCAGCAAGUACUCCAAGCACCUUACCUGGGGACACGCCACCACCCACUACUGACGAAGGUCUGCCUACUCCUCCUACUAUAAGAGAAAGUGAAGCAACACCUUCUGCCACUUCUGCAGUUACUGAUGUUCGACCAACGCUGCCCACUGUGGAAGGGGAGAGAGAGACAGAUACUUCAGUACCCACUUUGACACCUUUGCCAACCCUACCACUGGUAGACAUGGAAGUAGACAAGACCAUGGUGACAACACCCACUGUCUAUCCUCCCGGUGUAACUCCACCCACUGAGUACCCACUGAUACCUGGAUACGUCAAACCCACUACAUCACCAUACCCAUCAGAAACGCCAACAGACCAUCCAAUGAUCUUCCCCACUUCAGAAAAAACAGUAUCAGACCAUCCGCCUGCAACUGACAAACCAUUGAUUCCCCUCACUGACAGACCAUUGGUUCCUGUCACUGACAAACCACUGAUUCCUGCCACUGACAAACCACUGAUUCCACACACUGAUAGACCACUGGUUCCUGCCACUGACAGACCACUGGUUCCCGCCACUGACAAACCACUGGUUCCUGCCACUGACAAACCACUGGUUCCUGCCACUGACAAACCAUUGGGUCCUGCCACUGACAGACCAAUACACCCCGACUAUACUGUCACUGACAAACCACUUGUUCCUGCCACUGACAAACCGCUUGUUUCUGUCACUGACAGACCACUUGUUCCUGCCACAGACAGACCACUGGUUCCUGCUACAGACAGACCACUGGUUCCUGUCACUGACAGACCACUGGUUUCUGUCACUGACAGACCAUUUAUUCCUGUCACUGACAGACCACUGUUUCCUGCCACAGACAGACCACUGUUCCUGUCACUGACCGCUGUUCCUGUCACUGACAGACCACUGGUUCCUGUCACUGACAAACCACUAACACCUACAACCCACUACCCAUCAGCAAGUACUCCAAGCACCUUACCUGGGGACACGCCACCACCCACUACUGACGAAGGUCUGCCUACUCCUCCUACUAUAAGAGAAAGUGAAGCAACACCUUCUGCCACUUCUGCAGUUACUGAUGUUCGACCAACGCUGCCCACUGUGGAAGGGGAGAGAGAGACAGAUACUUCAGUACCCACUUUGACACCUUUGCCAACCCUACCACUGGUAGACAUGGAAGUAGACAAGACUAUGGUGACAACACCCACUGUCUAUCCUACCGGUGUAACUCCACCCACUGAGUACCCACUGAUACCUGGAUACGUCAAACCCACUACAUCAACACCAUACCCAUCAGAGACGCCAACAGGCCAUCCAAUCAUCUUCCCCACUUCAGAAAAAACAGUACCACUGGUCCCUGCCACUGACAAACCACUGGUUCCUGCCACUGACAGACCAAUACACCCAGAUUAUCCUGAGACUGACAAACCACUGGUCCCUGCCACUGACAAACCACUGGUUCCUGUCACUGGCAGACCACUUGUUCCUGCCACUGACAAACCACUGGUUAUUGCCACUGACAGACCGCUGGUUCCUGUCACUGACAGACCGCUGGUUCCUGUCACUGACAGACCACUGGUUCCUGUCACUGACAAACCACUAACACCUACAACCCACUACCCAUCAGCAAGUACUCCAAGCACCUUACCUGGGGACACGCCACCACCCACUACUGACGAAGGUCUGCCUACUCCUCCUACUAUAAGAGAAAGUGAAGCAACACCUUCUGCCACUUCUGCAGUUACUGAUGUUCGACCAACGCUGCCCACUGUGGAAGGGGAGAGAGAGACAGAUACUUCAGUACCCACUUUGACACCUUUGCCAACCCUACCACUGGUAGACAUGGAAGUAGACAAGACUAUGGUGACAACACCCACUGUCUAUCCUACCGGUGUAACUCCACCCACUGAGUACCCACUGAUACCUGGAUACGUCAAACCCACUACAUCAACACCAUACCCAUCAGAGACGCCAACAGGCCAUCCAAUCAUCUUCCCCACUUCAGAAAAAACAGUACCACCGGUUCCUGCAACAGACAGACCACUGGUUCCUGCCACUGACAGACCACUGGUCCCUGCCACUGACAAACCACUGGUUCCUGCCACUGACAGACCAAUACACCCAGAUUAUCCUGAGACUGACAAACCACUGGUCCCUGCCACUGACAAACCACUGGUUCCUGUCACUGGCAGACCACUUGUUCCUGCCACUGACAAACCACUGGUUCCUGCCACUGACAGACCGCUGGUUCCUGUCACUGACAGACCGCUGGUUCCUGUCACUGACAGACCACUGGUUCCUGUCACUGACAAACCACUAACACCUACAACCCACUACCCAUCAGCAAGUACUCCAAGCACCUUACCUGGGGACACGCCACCACCCACUACUGACGAAGGUCUGCCUACUCCUCCUACUAUAAGAGAAAGUGAAGCAACACCUUCUGCCACUUCUGCAGUUACUGAUGUUCGACCAACGCUGCCCACUGUGGAAGGGGAGAGAGAGACAGAUACUUCAGUACCCACUUUGACACCUUUGCCAACCCUACCACUGGUAGACAUGGAAGUAGACAAGACUAUGGUGACAACACCCACUGUCUAUCCUACCGGUGUAACUCCACCCACUGAGUACCCACUGAUACCUGGAUACGUCAAACCCACUACAUCAACACCAUACCCAUCAGAGACGCCAACAGGCCAUCCAAUCAUCUUCCCCACUUCAGAAAAAACAGUGUCAGACCAUCCGCCUGCAACUGACAAACCAUUGAUUCCCCUCACUGACAGACCAUUGGUUCCUGUCACUGACAAACCACUGAUUCCUGCCACUGACAAACCACUGAUUCCACACACUGAUAGACCACUGAUCACCGUUCCUGCAACAGACAGACCAUUGGCCCCUGUCACUGACAGACCACUGGUUCCUGUCACUGACAGACCACUGGUUCCUGCCACUGACAGACCACCGGUUCCUGCAACAGACAGACCCCUGGUUCCUGCCACUGACAGACCAGUACUCCCAGACUAUACUGUCACUGACAGACCACUGGUUCCUGCCACUGACAGACCACUGGUUCCUGCCACUGACAGAUCACCGGUUCCUGCAACAGACAGACCACUGGCCCCUGUCACUGACAGACCACUGGUUCCUGUCACUGACAGACCACUGGUUCCUGCCACUGACAGACCACCGGUUCCUGCAACAGACAGACCACUGGUUCCUGCCACUGACAGACCACUGGUCCCUGCCACUGACGGACCACUGAUUCCUGUCACCGACAGACCACUGGUUCCUGCCACUGACAAACCACUGGUCCCUGCCACUGACGGACCACUGGUUCCUGCGACUGACAGACCACUGGUUCCUGCCGCUGACAAACCACUGAUCCCUGCCACUGACAGACCAAUACACCCAGAUUAUUCUGCCACUGACAGACCACUGGUCCCUGCCACUGACAGACCACUGGUCCCUGCCACUGACAGACCACUGGUCCCUGCCACUGAUAGACCACUGGUUCCUGCCACUGAUAGACCACUGGUUCCUGCCACUGACGGACCACUGGUUCCUGUCACUGACGGACCACUGGUUCCUGCCACGGACAGUCCACUGGUUCCUGCCACUGACAGACCAUUAGUUCCUUCCACUGACAGACCACUGGUUCCUGCCACUGACAGACCACUGGUUCCUGCCACUGACGGACCACUGGUUCCUGCCUCUGACGGACCACUGGUUCCUGCCACUGACAGUCCACUGGUUCCUGCCACUGACAGACCAAUACUCCCAGACUAUACCGCCACUGACAGACCACUGGUUCCUGCCUCUGACAGACCACUGGUUCCUGCCACUGAUAGACCACUGGUUCCUGCCACUGACAGACCACUUUUUCCUGCCACUGACAGACCUCUGGUUCCUCUCACUGACAGACCACUGGUUCCUGCCACUGACAGACCACUGAUUCCUGCCACUGACAGACCACUGAUUCCUGCCACUGACAGACCACUGGUCCCUGCCACUGACAGACCACCGGUUCCUGCAACAGACAGACCCCUGGUUCCUGCCACUGACAGACCAGUACUCCCAGACUAUACUGUCACUGACAGACCACUGGUUCCUGCCACUGACAGACCACUGGUUCCUGCCACUGACAGAUCACCGGUUCCUGCAACAGACAGACCACUGGUUCCUGUCACUGACAGACCACUGGUUCCUGUCGCUGACAGACCACUGGUUCCUGCCACUGACAGACCACCGGUUCCUGCAACAGACAGACCACUGGUUCCUGCCACUGACAGACCACUGGUCCCUGCCACUGACGGACCACUGAUUCCUGUCACUGACAGACCAUUGGUUCCUGCCACUGACAAACCACUGGUCCCUGCCACUGACGGACCACUGGUUCCUGCGACUGACAGACCACUGGUUCCUGCCACUGACAAACCACUGAUCCCUGCCACUGACAGACCAAUACACCCAGAUUAUUCUGCCACUGACAAACCACUGGUUCCUGCCACUGACAGACCACUUGUCCCUGCCACUGUCGGACCAAUACACCCAGACUAUGCUGCCACUGACAAACCACUGGUUCCUUCCACUGACAGACCACUGGUCCCUGCCACUGACGGACCACUGAUUCCUGUCACUGACAGACCACUGGUUCCUGCCACUGACAAACCACUGGUCUCUGCCACUGACGGACCACUGGUUCCUGCGACUGACAGACCACUGGUUCCUGCCACUGACAAACCACUGAUCCCUGCCACUGACAGACCAAUACACCCAGAUUAUUCUGCCACUGACAUACCACUGGUUCCUGCCACUGACAGACCACUGGUCCCUGCCACUGACAGACCACUGGCUCCUGAUGUAUCAGUGUCUGGUGAUGAGGUGGUCACCCCCCUGAGCGUCACUGAGUCCAUCACUACCAGCAGUGGUACAGUAGGUACUACGCCACCAGCACCUGUCUCUUUUGGUACCUCUCCAGAGGUUUCUGAAGCUACGUUGUUCCCCUCUACUGGAACCCCUCCAGUUGAACGCGAAUCUCCUACUGACUCGUCUACUGUCCCUUCGUCCCCUGUCCCUGACCUAACCCCUGCCCCGCCCGUCACUGCCUUCCCUACCAUCUCUGGCGACCUGCUGACCAGCAGCGAGCCCAGCACAGACGUGCCUCGCCGACCUUGCAGAGAAGAAGAGUGUGGUGGCGAUGAGGUGUGUUGGGAGGGUGAGUGUGUUCCUGGGUGUUGGCUAGCAAAGUGCGGCUCCAACGCCAAGUGUAUGACCGUCCAUCACCGUCCUGAGUGUAGCUGUGAGCCUGGCCACCAUGGCGACCCUCUGGUGCACUGCCUACCACAUAUAGCUGCCGGCUGCCGAGGAGACGACCAGUGUCCCUCAACACAAGCUUGUAUUAACAACGAAUGUCGUUACCCGUGCGAGGAUGAUCCCUGUGGCUCUAACGCAGAGUGUAUCAACAGUGACCAUAGUGCUCAGUGCAGGUGUCGCAACGGCUUCCAGGGUGAUCCUAUCAAGGGAUGCUCCCCCGUUGGCUGCCUCACUCCUGAUGAUUGUUCACCCGGUGAAGAAUGUUAUAGUGGUCAGUGUGUGAACCCGUGCAGGGAAGGCAGCAGCCCAUGCCCGCCCACAGCCAUCUGUCGUGCUCUGGCCCACGUUGCCUCUUGCACGUGUCCUGUAGGUACCACGGGCGUGCCUCUCCAGGGGUGCUCACCACUUCCCACCUGCGGCUACAACUCUGACUGCCCGGCAGACAAGGCAUGCAUCGAGCGUGUGUGUAGUAACCCAUGUGGGGUGGCGCCUUGCCCUAGGGGCUCCCUCUGCCAGGUCCAUCAACACCGCCCUGUCUGCCUCUGUCUGCCAGGCUACACUGGCAACCCGGAGGUGGGAUGCAUCAGGAGUGGCUGUCAGGCCGAUACUCAGUGCCCACACGGGAGUGUCUGCCGUAACGGCACGUGCGGAGAUCCCUGCCAGGACUGUGGAAGUGAUGCACUCUGCCAAGCAGAGGCUGGCACUACCAUUUGCCUUUGUCCUGUUGGGUUUACGGGGAACCCUCGACUUGCUUGUGAACCAAUCACUGGCUUCUGCUUGUCGGACAUCGAGUGCGAGUUGCGGGAGGCGUGUGUGUCUGGGGAGUGCCGUGACCCCUGCACCACAGUGCCACCUCCCUGCGGCGUGGGUGCCCGCUGCCGCGUCAUCAACCACCGCACCAUCUGCCAGUGUCCAGACGGGUACGAAGGUGACCCGCGAGACCUGUGCACACCAGUGACCAUCCCAACGAUCGGCUGCCAGUACAACGAAGACUGUCCCUCCAACAAGGCUUGUGACCGCUUUACACGCAAGUGCCUUGACCCUUGCGAGAGUGGGACAUGUGCCCCAACUGCCAUCUGCCAAGCUAUCGACCACCGGCCACAGUGUCAGUGCCCUGCCGGCUACAGUGGCAACCCUAACAUCGAGUGUGCCAUACUUGUGGGUUGCCGAGACAACAGCAACUGCCCCACCAACCAGGCGUGCAUCAACAAUCAGUGCCAGGACCCAUGCAGGUGUGGCCGUAAUGCCGUGUGUGAGGUGGCCAGCCACCGUGCCACCUGCCGCUGCCCUCCUGGAUAUGUAGGUGACCCUCUCAGGAGCUGCCAGGUGCCCAUCAACCCAUGUGAUACUGACCCCUGUGGUGAGGGUGCUCUCUGUGAGCUGGACGAUGGCAACCCUAUCUGUGUGUGUCCUCGUGGCACCACUGGUAACCCCUUCGAAAAGUGCAUUCCCGAGGGUGAGGACUGUGAGCCCAACCAGUGCGGUCCCAACUCUGGGUGUCGUAUUGUGGGUGGGGCACCCAUUUGUUUCUGCCUGCCAGAGUUUGUGGGGAACCCACCUAGCGAGCCCUGCAGUGCCCCUGCCAACCCCUGCCACCCAUCGCCCUGCGGACCCAACACCGACUGUAAUGUGGUGAAUGGCUACCAUCGAUGCACAUGCAAGCCAGGCUUUGUGGGCAAGCCCAACACCAUCCGAGGCUGUGAGCCUCCCAUAAACCCAUGUGUACCUUCCCCAUGUGGAGACGGAGCUCUCUGUGACCCUAACAAGAGUCCCUUCUGCGUCUGCCGUCCUGGCCUCGUUGGCGACCCCUUUACUGGUUGCAAAGUGCCACCUCCAAGUUGUGGCCCUGGCAUCUGUGGGCAAAAUGCUGAGUGUUACGUUCGUGGCAACAGUCUUCUUUGUCGGUGUUUGGAGGGAUAUGAUGGUGAUCCACAGGUUCAUUGCCGCUCAAAGCCUGACAACCCCUGUGAGCGCAAUCCAUGUGGCCCCAACACCCAGUGCUCAAUUGGAGCCAACAACUAUCCAGUGUGCUCCUGUACUCCUGGCUUCUUUGGCGAGGCCAAUUCUGACAGUGGUUGCAAGCCUGAGUGCACUGUUGAUGAUGACUGCAGCCAUGACCUAGCCUGUGUCAACACUCAUUGUAUCGACCCUUGUCCAAGUGCCUGUGGCAUUAACUCACUUUGUGAAGUCAAUACUCACCGCCCAGUGUGCUUCUGUCCUGCUGGAUUUAAGGGGAACCCUUACACACGCUGUGAUGUAUUAACAGAGCCUAUCUCUCCUAUGGAACAAGUAACUCCAAAGCCUCAAAUCACCCCGUGUGCGCCAUCUCCAUGUGGUCUGAACACAGAGUGCCGUGUGGAGGGUUCCAAGCCCAUCUGCUCCUGCAUCGGCGACUACAUUGGUGACCCUAAAGACCGCUGCCGUCCUGAAUGUGUUAGUAAUGCCGACUGUGAUGAUGACAAGUCAUGUAUUGAUCAGAAGUGUGGCGAUCCGUGCCCUGGAUUGUGUGGCACCAAUGCUCUAUGUGAUGUUGUCCACCACAACCCCAUCUGUUACUGUCCCAGCCACCUUACAGGCGACCCCUUCAGGUUCUGUGUAACCAAACCUGUGCUACCAAAACCUGUGUUGACCCCAUGUGAGCCCAACCCAUGUGGGCCCAACUCUGUGUGUCGCCCCACACCCGACAACACCCAAAAUGUGUGCUCCUGCCUCCCUGGGUUCAUGGGCUCCCCAUGUCGCCCAGAGUGUACCAUCAACUCGUGCCGACCAGAAUGCCAGCGAGACCUGGACUGCCGGCUGGACAGGUCGUGCCAACAGCAGCGGUGUGUGGACCCAUGCCCUGGCACCUGUGGCCGCCGUGCCUCCUGUAUGGUCAUCAACCACCGUCCACAGUGUUCCUGCAAACCUGGCUACUCCGGCGACCCUUACCUUGCUUGUUCUCUUUAUACACCUGUGGCCCCAGCCCCUGCCUCCCCCUGCACGUUGUCCCCCUGCGGUCAGUACUCUGAGUGUCGUGAGGUGGGUGGGAGAGCCAGUUGUACCUGUCUUCCAGGUUAUCUGGGCUCCCCUCCCAGGUGUCACCCUGAGUGCGUCGUCAAUAGUGAAUGUGCGGCACAAAAAGCUUGCGUGAGCCUCAAGUGCAUUAAUCCAUGCAUUGGUGCAUGUGGCAUGGACGCAGAAUGUCGCGUGAUCCAGCACAGCCCUGUGUGCUCGUGUCGACCACAAUACACAGGAGACCCACUCUCUCUCUGUCUUCCAGCUCGUCCUUCGGUCCCACACCCAUCCCUUCCAGCCGUCUCUGAUCCUUGUACACUGAGCGGCUGUGGCACUAAUGCAAAGUGCUCAGUGCAGGGUGGUGUGGCAGUAUGCACCUGUAUGAGUGACCAUUAUGGUAACCCAUAUGUGGCUUGUAAGCUGAGUGCACUGUCGACUCUGACUGUACUCGCUACUUGGACUGUGUGGAACAAGUGCGUGGAGCCAUGUCCUGGGGCGUGUGGCCUGCAUGCUCUCUGUGAGGUGCUCAACCACCAGGCCGUGUGCAGCUGUCCCACAGGCUACACAGGCAACCCCCUCAGCCGCUGCAACCCUGCUCCUCCCCCUAGUAAGUCAUCCUCCACCUUCACUCUAUAUACUUUUAAAACUCUGGGUCCACUGUAUAUAUGUGUGUGUGUGUGUGUGUGUUGCAUGUUCAUUUUGUAUUUGUUAUCAAAGAAAUAUAUGCUGUUAUGUUUUGUUCAUGUAGUGGUGCCCAAAGAUCCAUGCAACCCUACCCCGUGUGGCCCCAAUGCCAACUGUGCUGUGGUGGAUGCUCUUGCCAAGUGUUCUUGCUACCCUGGCUACAUUGGCAACCCAUACGUUGAGUGUCGACCAGAGUGUACCAUCAACUCAGACUGUCCCAAGUACCUUGCCUGUGUCAACCAAAAGUGUCGGGACCCCUGUCAGGAUGGCAGCUGUGGAGUCAAUGCUCUCUGUGAUGUCAUCAACCACAGGGCCAUGUGCUCUUGUCCUCGGGCAUACAAGGGCAACCCAUACAUAGAGUGUCUUCUUGCAUCAGCGAAGCCCAUCAAAUGCUCCCCGAGUGCAUGCGGCUUUAACACUGAAUGUCGAGUUACUAACAAUGUUCCUAUAUGCUAUUGUCUCCAAGGGUACACAGGCGACCCCGAGCGAGGGUGUUCCCCUACCACCACUCCUUUCCCGCUUGUAGACUUCCCCUCACCCACUGCAUCCCAAGCCUUCCAUCCUCCAACUACUCCAGCCUCUCCCCCACUCCCACCCACUGAGUGUAAGUCUAACUCACACUGUUCCCCCUCCCGGAGCUGCAUCAACGAAAGGUGUGUGGAUCCAUGCGUUGCCACACACCCAUGCGCUACAGGUGCCGACUGUACUGUCAUCCAACACCGGCCAGUCUGCAAAUGCCCCCCAGGAUUCCAAGGAAACCCAAUCAUUCGCUGCUUCCCAACCACAACCACACCCAGACCUGAAUGUCUGGCUGACAUCGACUGUGCACAGGACAAGGCUUGUGCUGAGCGUCGGUGUGUUAGUCCAUGUGGUGUGGCUAAUCCAUGCUCACACCUAGCUGAAUGUACAGUUGUUGCUCACUUACCACACUGCACAUGCAUCCUGGGUUAUGUAGGCAAUGGUUAUUAUUGUGUGCUUUCCACCACAACUACCCCUUCCCCAAUUGCCGUAUUUCCGACUCGGACGACUGUCAGACCUGGUGUGGCUACUCUGCCUCUGAGCCACGAAGUUGACAUAGAAUGCACUAGAGACUUUGAAUGUGACGAUGACAAGAUGUGCCACAACUUUGACUGUGUUCUAGUUUGCAGUGUUACCAAUCCAUGUCGUAGUCACAACUCACUGUGUCGUGGCAUCAGCCACAAACCCACAUGUUACUGUCAACCAGGACUUGUUGGCAACCCAUACAUAGAGUGCAAAGAGCCAAUUGCAGCCACUUCCCCACCAGACUGCCUCACUGAUCAAGACUGUCCCACCAACAAAGCGUGUGCCCAGCGUGAGUGUGUCAGUCCAUGCAUUCUACAUAAUCCUUGCUCUCCUUUUGCAAGGUGUGAGACACUGGCACACUUUCCUGUGUGCACCUGCAUCCUAGGUUUCACUGGCUCUGGGUAUGUGUGUGACCGCCUUCCACCAAUAGUUGAGAGGCCACUCAUACCAAGUGUGUCCCAGCAUACACCCAUUGCCCUGACCACCACCACCCAGCGACCUCUAGUCGAAUAUCCCACUACGGAGCGCAAGAGACCACUAACUCCUAGACCAGCCCCACCUUUCCUAACUACUUCACCUCCAAUCACUGUUGGGUGUGAGAGCACAGAUGACUGCCCAUAUAGUAACACAUGCAUUAAUAGACUUUGUGUAGAUGUAUGUCACCAAGGUUACUGUGGAAGCAAUGCAGAUUGUACAAUGGUUAGCAGCAGGCCCAAGUGCUCUUGUCCACCAGGGACAACAGGUGAUCCAUUUUUAAAGUGCAUGGCUGUUGCAACAAAAGCUCCACCCACCACACUUGGUCCUGUUGCACAAACUCAGCAUCCUUCACCAGACGACCCCAUUCAUCCUGUGGAAGGCAUGGUUCAGACUUUGCCACCUCCUAUGGCUGCUGCCUCCACCACCAGAGCUCCAGAGAAACCCUACAAACAGCUCAUACCUCUACACCAGAUGCCGGCACCUGUGAAGGUUGGAUGUGCCAGCAAUGACCAAUGUCCCUUUGAUGCAACCUGUAUAAAUCGCUUGUGUGGAGAUGUAUGCAGCCCAACACUGUGUGCAGACACAGCUCAUUGUCAGACUUUAGCAAAUCGGCCAACGUGUGUAUGCCCUCCGGGAACAUCUGGAAAUCCAACUAUAAAAUGCACUGCAUUAUUGGUUGAAGAACCUCAUACACUAAGACCGCCAUUAAGUGAGGUGCAUCCCGAUAUACCACCAUCAGUAGUCCACCCCAUUACUGGUCCCUCACACACACACCCUCCUCCAAUAGCUGAAGAGCCACCCACUAGGCCACCACCACAGCAUCUGUUGGAACAGAUACACUUUGCACCAAUCAUUCCCCCAAUUACUGUGGCAUGUGAGAACAAUGAUGAUUGUAGCAUGGAUAAUACAUGCUACAACAAACUUUGCUAUGAUGUGUGUUCAUUGGGCAUAUGUGGAGAAGACGCUGAAUGUAGGGUUACAACACAUCGGCCAAUUUGUACAUGUCCACCAGGAACCACUGGAGAUGCCACUCGAAAAUGCAUAGCUUUGUUGACAGAGAAAAUAACUACCUUCCCUCCAAUAACACAGACACUAGCAUCAAAAGAAAUAGAUGAUAUACAUCCAGUUCCAGGACCAACAGAAAAAACUAUGCCACCACUAGCUGAACACCCAAGUCCCAAACCAACACUGCCACCAGUGACCUUGCCACCACCACCACCCACACCUGGUCCUCUGCCUGUGGGAUGUGAAAGUGCAGAUGAGUGUCCCUUCGACAACUCCUGUGUCAACAAACUCUGUUUUGACAUCUGUCACCCUGGGUUUUGUGGAGAAAAUGCGGACUGUCAGACUGUCGAACACCGUCCCACUUGCACCUGUCCAGUGGGAACCACAGGAAAUCCUAAUAUCAAGUGCUCAGCUCUUGCUGUUGAUACACCAAUUCCACUCCCUCCAGUUCUUGGAGACAGGCCUCCUGCAGAAGAGAUAACCAUCCAUCCAGUCACAGGUCCCACAGCCCCAGGACUUCCUCCACUGGCUGAGGAGCCAAAACGCCCACCUACAGAACCAACUGUCACACGACCUCCUCCACCUCUCAUAGUUCCUCUAGCACCUGUUGCUUGUGAGAAUAAUGACGACUGUGACAUGGACAAUUCAUGCUUAAACAUGAUGUGUUAUGAUGUCUGCAGCCUCGGGGUUUGUGGUGAAAAAGCUGAUUGUAAAACUGUACAUCACAGACCAGUGUGUCUUUGUCAGCUGGGAACAACAGGAAAUCCACAAGAAGGAUGCAUAGCCAUAGCAACAGAAAAACCUCAUAUUAUUGUACAGCCUCCUGUUGCUGACAUAACUUUAGAUAGAGAAACACCUAUCCACCCUGUAGCUGGUCCAACUACACAAACACAAUCACCACUAGCUGAAGCUCCAGUACUUGUAACUACAGAACCUCCUGUUCCACUGCCUCCUGUAGUGCCAACUGCUCCACCAAAUGCUGUAGGUUGUGUUAGCAGUGAUGACUGUCCAGUAGAAAACAGCUGCAUCAAUCAGCUCUGCCUAGAUGUAUGUCACCCCGGCUUUUGUGGGGAGGCUGCUGAUUGCAAGACUAUGGGUCACCGACCCACCUGUGUAUGUCCACCAGGCACAACAGGGAAUCCGACACACAGGUGCAUGGCUCUUGCUACUGAGAUACCUGUUACUUACAGUCCAGUGGCAGGUACUACAAUCUUACCACCUGGUGAGCCAGUAAUACCAACUUCUCAUUUCACGUCUCCUGUUCCUCCACCACUAGCUGAACUGCCAAUUUCGACAACCCCAGAGCCACCUGUUCCAAGACCACCACCACCUCCAGUUAUUCCACCACUUGUCAUUGCUUGUGAGAAUAAUGAUGACUGUGCUUCAGACAAUUCUUGCAUCAACAACCUCUGUUAUGAUGUGUGUAGUCUGGGAGUUUGUGGAGAUCAUGCAGAGUGUAAAAUUGGCAGUCAUAGCCCAGUCUGUAGCUGUCCUCCAGGAACUACAGGAGAUCCUUUACAUAACUGUUUCUCUCUACUCGCAGAAACAUCUAUAAGUCCACAGCCUCCCAUUGCCGAAAUUAUGCCAACCCAGCCUGGGGACCCAGUACAUCCAAUAACUGGACCAACAAGUCCUGGUGCACCACCACUGGUUGAGCACCCAAGUCCAAGACCCACACUACCUCCAGUGACAUUGCCACCACCACCACCCACACCUGGUCCCCUUCCUGUAGGAUGUGAAAGUUCUGACGAGUGUCCAUUUGAUAAUUCCUGUGUUAAUAAAUACUGUUUUGACAUUUGUCAUCCUGGUUUUUGUGGAGAAAAUGCAGACUGUCAGACAGUUGGACACCGUCCCACUUGCACCUGUCCAGUAGGAACCACAGGCAAUCCAAAUGUCAAGUGCUCAGCUCUUGCUGUGGAUGAUCUAGUUCCAGUCCGUCCUCCAAUUGUUGGAGACAGGCCUCCUGCAGAGGAGACACCCAUCCAUCCAAUAACUGGUCCCACAGCCCCAGGACUUCCUCCACUGGUAGAGGAGCCAAAACGUCCACCAACAGAACCACCUGUCACACGUCCUCCUCCACCUGUGAUAGUUCCUCUAGUACCUGUUGCUUGUGAGAACAAUGAUGACUGUGACAUGGACAAUUCAUGCUUAAACAUGAUGUGUUAUAAUGUUUGUAGUCUUGGGGUUUGUGGUGAAGAAGCUGAUUGUAAAACUGUAGAUCACCGACCAGUGUGUCUUUGUCAACCUGGAACAACGGGAAACCCACAAGAAGGUUGCAAAGCUGUUUCAGCUGAAAGCCCUGUCAUUAUUACAGAGCGUCCCAUUGCAGACAUUACUCUAGAUAUAGAAAAACCUAUCCAACCAAUUAUUGGUCCAAGUACACCACCACCAUUACCUUUAGUUGAAACUCCAAUACGUGUAACAACAGAACCUCCUGUUAUAUUGCCUCCUCCAAUACCAGCUGCUCCACCAAAUGCUGUAGGUUGUGAAAGUACUGAUGAAUGUCCGGGAGAAAACAGUUGCAUCAAUCGCCUGUGCCUGGAUAUGUGCCAUCCUGGCCUUUGUGGUGAGGCUGCUGACUGUAAGACUGUGGAGCACAGACCCACUUGUGUAUGUCCACCAGGCACAACCGGCAAUCCAACACGCAAGUGCAUGGCUCUUUCUACUGAGAUUCCACUUACCCACAGUCCAAUGGCAGGUACUACAGUCCUACCGCCUGGUGAACCAGUAAUACCAACAUCAGGUCUCUCAUCUCCUGCUCCUCCACCUCUAGCUGAACUGUCAACAACAAGACCACCAGAACCAACUAGUCCAAGACCACCUCCUCUACCAAUUAUUCCACCUUUAGUCAUUGCUUGUGAGAAUAAUGAUGACUGUGCUUCAGACAAUUCAUGUAUCAACAACCUUUGCUAUGAUGUGUGUAGUCUUGGACUUUGUGGAGACGACGCAGAGUGUAAAAUUGCCAGCCAUCGUCCAGUUUGUAGCUGUCCUCCAGGAACCACAGGAGAUCCUUUACAUGAAUGUAUUUCUGUACUUGCUGAAAAGCCUAUUGGCCCAGAGCCUCCCAUGGCUGAAAUUAUGCCUAUCAAGCCUGGGGACCCAAUAUAUCCAAUAACUGGACCAACAAGUCCUGGUGCACCACCAAUGGCUGAACACCCAAGUCCCAGACCAACUCUGCCUCCGGUGACAUUGCCACCACCACCACCCACACCUGGUCCCCUUCCUGUAGGAUGUGAAAGUUCUGACGAGUGUCCCUCCGAUAAUUCCUGUAUCAACAAAUUCUGCAUUAAUGUUUGUUACCCAGGUUUUUGUGGUGAUUAUGCUGACUGUAUUACUACUGAUCAUCGUCCCUCUUGCAAAUGCCCAGAAGGGACUACUGGUAACCCAACACUUAAAUGUUCAGCUCUUGCGGUGGAUGGACCAGUUCCACUCCCUCCUCCAGUUGUUGAAGACAGGCCUCCUGCAGAGCAGAUAACCAUCCAUCCCAUCACGGGCCCCACAACCCCAGGACUUCCUCCGCUGGUAGAGGAGCCAAAACGCCCACCUACAGAGCCACCUGUCACACGACCUCCUCCACCUGUGAUAGUUCCUCUAGUACCUGUUGCUUGUGAGAAUAAUGAUGAUUGUGACAUGGACAAUUCAUGUCUAAACAUGAUGUGUUAUGAUGUUUGUAGUCUUGGGGUUUGUGCUGAAAAAGCUGAUUGUAAAACUGUAGAUCACAGACCAGUGUGUCUUUGUCAACCUGGGACAACGGGAAAUCCACAAGAAGGAUGCAUAGCCAUAGCAACAGAAAGACCUCAUAUUAUUGCACAUCUUCCUGUUGCUGACAUUAGUCCAGGUAUAGAAAUACCUAUCAACCCAGUUACUGGUCCAACUACACUGCCACUAUCACCACUCACUGAAGUUCCAAUACCUGCAACUACAGAACCUCCUGUUCCACUGCCUCCUGCAGUGCCAAUUACUCCACCAAAUGCUGUAGGUUGUGUUAGCAGUGAUGACUGUCCAGUAGAAAACAGCUGUAUCAAUCGGCUCUGCCUAGAUGUAUGUCACCCUGGUUUUUGUGGUGAGGCUGCUGACUGCAAGACCGUGGAUCACCGACCCACCUGUGUAUGUCCACCAGGCACAACUGGCAAUCCAACAGACAGGUGCAUGGCUGUUGCUACUGAGAUAUCCGUUACUCACAGUCCAAUGGCAGGUACUACAGUCCUGCCAUCUGGUGAACCAGUAAUACCAACAUCAGGUCUUUUAUCUCCUGCUCCUCCACCUCUAGCUGAACUACCAGCAACAAAACCACCAGAACCAACUAGUCCAAGACCACCUCCUCCUCCAGUAAUUCCUCCUCUUGUCAUAGCUUGUAAGAAUAAUGAUGAAUGUGCUCUGGACAAUUCAUGUAUCAACAACCUCUGCUAUGAUGUGUGUAGUCUGGGCGUUUGUGGAGAUGAUGCAGAGUGCAAAAUUUCCAACCAUCGUCCAGUUUGUAACUGUCCUCCAGGAACAACAGGAGAUCCUUUGCAUGAAUGUGUGUCUUUAGUUGCAGAAAAACCUAUCAGUCUACAGCCUCCUAUAGCAGAAAUUAUGCCAACCCAGCCUGGUGACCCAGUACAUCCAAUAACUGGACCAACAAGUCCUGGUGCACCACCACUGGCUGAACACCCAAGGCCUAGACCCACACUGCCUCCAGUGACACUACCACCACCACCACCCACACCUGGUCCCCUGCCUGUGGGAUGUGAAAGUUCUGAUGAGUGUCCAUUCGAUAAUUCAUGUGUCAACAAAUACUGUUUUGACAUUUGUCAUCCUGGUUUUUGUGGAGAAAAUGCAGACUGUCAAACAAUUGGACACCGUCCCACUUGCACCUGUCCAGUAGGAACCACAGGCAAUCCAAAUGUCAAGUGCUCAGCUCUUUCUGUUGAUAUACCAAUUCCACUCCUUCCUCCAGUUGCUGGAGACAGGCCUCCUGCUGAGGAGAUAACCAUUCAUCCAAUUGUAGAUCCCACAACCCCAGGACUUCCUCCUCUGGCAGAAGUGCCAAAGCACCCUUCUACAGAGCCACCUGUCAAACGACCUCCUCCACCUACUGUUGUUCCACCAGUAAUUAUUGCAUGUGAGAAUAAUGAUGAAUGUAGUAUAGGUGAUUCUUGCAUCAAUAUGCUGUGUUAUGAUUCGUGCAGCCUUAACUUGUGUGGCGAAGAUGCUUACUGUCAGAGUUUCAACCAUAGACCAGUUUGUGUGUGUCCUCUGGGAACUACUGGAGAUCCUCAGAUUAGCUGUAAAGCUAUUACUACUGAAAGGAUUACUGUUCUUCCUCCAUUGACAGAAAGUCCGCUGCAACAAGAUGAUAUUUCCAUACGUCCUCUUUCUGGUCCAACUUCAGAAAUGACACCUCCGAUUGCAGAACCUCCAUCCAGUAGACCACCAGAGUUGACCUCAGCCCCACCUGCCCCAGUGCCAACACCUCCACCUAUACUUGUAGGAUGUGAAAGUAAUACUCACUGUCCCUAUGAUAAUACCUGUGUAAAUCGGUAUUGUCUUAACAUGUGCACUCCUGGUCUGUGUGGAGAGAAUGCUGACUGUAGAACUAUUGGUCAUAGACCAUCAUGCUUUUGUCCUCCUGGAACAAUGGGUAACCCAACAGAACACUGCAGUGCUCUGAUGACUGAAAGACCUAGCACGGUAUCCCCUAUGUCGCAGUUGCCACACCCACCAGAUGAUCCCUCUAUCACUCCAGUGCAAGGUCCUACCACUACCCCACUUCCCCCACUGGCAGAGAUUCUAACAAUUACACCACAUGAACAACCUCUGCCACCACCUCUGCCCAAUCCAAUUGUACCAGAAAUUGCAAUUGCCUGUCAAAAUAAUGAUGACUGCACUAUGGACAACUCUUGUAUCAACAACCUUUGUUAUGAUGUGUGUAGCCUUGGAGUAUGUGAAGACAACCUUAGAUGUAAAAUUGAAAACCAUCGUCCAGUGUGUAGCUGUCCUCCAGGAACAACUGGAAUUCCUUCACCAGCAGUGUGUGUCUGUACACACAGAAAGGCCUAUCAGCCUACAUCCUCCCAUAGCAGGAAGAAAGAAAUUAGAAAUUUGCCAACCCAGGCCUGGGGACCCAGUACAUCCAAUAAACUGGUCCGACAAGUCCCUUGUGAUGACUGCACAAUGGAUAAUUCCUGCAUCAAUAAUCUCUGUUAUGAUGUAUGCAGCCUUGGAAUUUGUGGCGAUGACGCAGAGUGUAAAAUAGGAUCUCAUCGUCCAGUUUGUAGCUGUCCUCCAGGAACAACAGGAGAUCCUUUGCAUGAAUGUGUGUCUUUACUCGCAGAAACAACUAUCAGCCCACAGCCUCCUAUAGCAGAAAUUAUUCCAACCCAGCCUGGAGACCCAGUACAUCCAAUAACUGGACCGACAAGUCCUAGUGCACCACCACUGGCUGAAUCCAAGCCCCAGACCAAACACCAACCUCCAGUGACACUGCCGCCACCACCACCACCCACACCUGGUCCCCUGCCUGUGGGAUGUGAAAGUUCUGGUGAGUGUCCAUUCAAUAAUUCAUGUGUCAACAAAUUAUGUUUUGAUAUAUGUCAUCCUGGAUUUUGUGGAGAAAAUGCCAAUUGUCAAACAGUUGGACACCGUCCCACUUGCAUCUGUCCAGUAGGAACCACGGGCAAUCCUAACAUCAAGUGUUCAGCUCUUGCUGUGGAUACACCAGUUCCUCUCCCUCCAGUUGUUGGAGACAGACCUCCUGCACAGGAGAUAAUCAUCAAUCCAGUCACUGGUCCCACAGCCCCAGGACUUCCUCCACUGACAGAGGAGCCAAAACACCCACCUACAGAGCCACCCAUCACACGACCUCCUCCACCUGUGAUAGUUCCACUACCUGUAGCUUGUGAGAACAAUGAUGAUUGUGACAUGGACAAUUCAUGUCUAAACAUGAUGUGUUAUGAAGUUUGUAGUCUUGGGGUUUGUGGUGAAAAAUCUAAUUGUAGGAUAAUCAGUCACAGACCUGUAUGCCUUUGCCAACCUGGAACAACUGGAGAUCCACAAGAAGGCUGUAGAGCUAUUUUAACUGAAAGACCUAUCAUCCUCUUGCUGUGGAUUGAUCCUAGUACAAUUCCUCCUCCAAUUGUUGGAGACAGCCUCCUGCAGAUGAGAAGCCAUCCAUCCAAUAAACUGGUCCACAGCCCAGGGACUUCCUCCCGUGGUAGAGGAGCCAAAACGAUCCAAACAAACCACCCAGAACCGCCUGUCACACGUCCUCCUCCACCUGUGAUAGUUCCUCUAGUACAUGGUUGCUUAAAAGUCCGCUGGCAACAAGAUGAUAUUUCCAUACGUCCUCUUUCUGGUCCAACUUCGAAAUGGACACCUCCGAUUGAGACACCUCCAUCCAGUAGACCACCAGAGUUGACCUCCAGCCCCACCUGCCCCAGUGCCAACACCUCCACCUAUUACUUUGUAGGGAUGAACCACACGGGCAAUCCUAACAUCAAGUGUUCAGCUCUUGCUGUGGAUACACCAGUUCCUCUCCCUCCAGUUGUUGGAGACAGACCUCCUGCACAGGAGAUAAUCAUCAAUCCAGUCACUGGUCCCACAGCCCCAGGACUUCCUCCACUGACAGAGGAGCCAAAACACCCACCUACAGAGCCACCCAUCACACGACCUCCUCCACCUGUGAUAGUUCCACUACCUGUAGCUUGUGAGAACAAUGAUGAUUGUGACAUGGACAAUUCAUGUCUAAACAUGAUGUGUUAUGAACUCUUGCUGUGGAUUGAUCCUAGUACAAUUCCUCCUCCAAUUGUUGGAGACAGCCUCCUGCAGAUGAGAAGCCAUCCAUCCAAUAAACUGGUCCACAGCCCAGGGACUUCCUCCCGUGGUAGAGGAGCCAAAACGAUCCAAACAAACCACCCAGAACCGCCUGUCACACGUCCUCCUCCACCUGUGAUAGUUCCUCUAGUACAUGGUUGCUUACCCACACUGCCUCCAGUGACACUACCACCACCACCACCCACACCUGGUCCCCUGCCUGUGGGAUGUGAAAGUUCUGAUGAUUGUCCAUUCGAUAACUCCUGUGUAAACAAACUUUGUUUUGACAUUUGUCAUCCUGGUUUAUGUGGAGAAAAUGCAGACUGUGAAACGGUUGGACACCGUCCUACUUGCAACUGUCCAUUAGGAACUACAGGCAAUCCAAAUGUCAAGUGUUCAGCUCUUGCUGUAGAUGCACCAGUUCCUCUCCAUCCUCCAGUUGUUGGAGACAGGCAUCCUAUAGAGCAGAUAAUCAUCCAUCCAAUCACAGGUCCCACAGCCCCAGGACUUCCUCCUCUGGCAGAGAAACCAAAACAUCCUACUACAGAGCCACCUCUCACACGACCUCCACCACCUCCGAUAGUUCCUCUAGUACCUGUUGCUUGUGAGAACAAUGAUGAUUGUGACAUGGACAACUCAUGUUUGAAUCAGCUUUGUUAUGAUGUCUGUAGCCUUGGCAUUUGUGGUGAAAAAGCUGAAUGUGUGAGUAUAAAUCACAGACCAGUGUGUCUUUGUUAUCCCGGAACAACUGGAGAUCCACAAGAAGGCUGUAGAGCUAUUUCAACUGAAAAACCUGUCAUAACUACUGAGCACCCCAUUGCUGACAUAACUGUUGAUAGAGAAAAACCUAUACACCCAGUUGUUGGUCCAAGUACAUCCCCACCAUUACCGCUAGCUGAAGCUCCAAUACCUCACACUACGGAACCUCCUGCUCCACUGCCUCCUCCAAUACCAACUGCACCUCCAAAUGCCGUAGAUCCUCCUCUAGCUGAACCACCAACAAGAAGGACCGCCUUUGAACCAACUAGUCCAAGACCACCACCUCUACCAAUUAUUCCACCUCUUGUCAUUGCCUGUGAGAACAAUGAUGACUGUGCUUCAGACAAUUCUUGUAUCAACAACCUCUGCUAUGAUGUGUGUAGUCUGGGGGUUUGUGGAGAUGAUGCAGAGUGUAAAAUUGCCAAACAUCGUCCAGUUUGUAACUGUCCUCCAGGAACAACAGGAGAUCCUUUACGCGAAUGUGUGUCUUUAGUUGCAGAAAAACCUAUCAGUCUAAAAGCCUCCAGUAGCAGAAAUUAUGCCAACCCAGCCUGGGGACCCAGUACAUCCAAUAACUGGACCAACAAGUCCUGUUUUGACAUUUGUCAUCCUGGUUUAUGUGGAGAAAAUGCAGACUGUGAAACGGUUGGACACCGUCCUACUUGCAACUGUCCAUUAGGAACUACAGGCAAUCCAAAUGUCAAGUGUUCAGCUCUUGCUGUAGAUGCACCAGUUCCUCUCCAUCCUCCAGUUGUUGGAGACAGGCAUCCUAUAGAGCAGAUAAUCAUCCAUCCAAUCACAGGUCCCACAGCCCCAGGACUUCCUCCUCUGGCAGAGAAACCAAAACAUCUACUACAGAGCCACCUCUCACACGACCUCCACCACCUCCGAUACCUUGGCAUUUGUGGCGAAGACGCUGAUUGCAUCUGUGGUGAGAAUGCUGAGUGUCAGAUCUUUAAUCAACGUCCAGUUUGUGAGUGCCCCACUGGUACUAGAGGCAAUCCUACAGAGGGCUGCCAGGCAAUACAUAUGGAGCACACAACGCUGGCCAUGCCCACCAAGGAACCCCCAUCACCAGUUGUAGAUGUAUCAGUCAUACCAGUGGCAGCCCCUGACCACACUACUCCACUACCACUGUUUGAGCUGAGCAGUCCUAGGCCCUCUCCACCACCCUUUGUUACGCCGCCUCUUCCACCAACAGCUCCACCUUUUCCAGUUGGCUGCCAAAGUGCAGACGAGUGCCCAUAUGACAAUUCAUGUGUUAACCAACUCUGUCUCGACAUAUGUUAUCCAGGCCUGUGUGCAACCUCUGCAACCCAUAGCUGCUCCAGACUCUACUACACCCUCACCAAUGGCAGAGGUAACCACCACCAGGUCACCCGAGCCUUUUAUUCCUGUCCACCCACCUCCGCCAUCAUCCCACCAAUAUUAAUAGCCUGUGAGAACAAUGAUAAUUGUGACAUAGACAACUCUUGCAUUAACCUACUGUGCUACCCUGUUUGCUCUUUGGGAAUUUGUGGAGAAAAUGCAGAAUGCAAAUCCCUGGACCACCGAGCAGUGUGUAUAUGUCCCAGCGGAACUACGGGCAACCCACAGCAUCAUUGUCAGGCACUUGUGACAGAGGUGCCUCCCACCCUGCCACCACCUUUCAAGGAGAUUCACCCACAACCCAAGGAACCCAUCAUGCCUGUGGCAGCCCCCACCUCGCCCACACAUCCUCCAUUGGUGCUGACACAGCCACCACAGGUGACAGAGCCACCUGCUUUCCCCCUGCAUUACCAGUCACUGAUGGGCCUCUACCCAUUGGGUGUACAACCAGUGGAGUGUGCGCGUUUGAUGAGCAGUGUUACAACCGUCUUUGUGUUAAGGUGUGCCAGUGGUGUGUGUAGGGAGGUCUGCCUUACCACCAACCCCUGUGCCCCUAUGGCUGUGUGCACCGCUCAUAACCAUCGACCCAUAUGUAAUUGUCCUCCGGGUUAUAUAGGAAAUCCCUUUGUGGCAUGCCGCCGCCCAGAGCCACCCACCCCACCACCCUACCAGCCGCCCACCACUCCACAACCCGAAUGCCUCGUGGAUAACGAUUGUGCUUACAACUUGGCAUGUCUCAACCAGCAGUGCCAAGACCCAUGCCAGAGCAGAGAUGUAUGUGUUCAUGCUGAGUGCAUAGUCACUGUUCACACACCAACAUGUAUGUGUAGUCCUGGCUACACUGGCAACCCAUAUGUAAGGUGCCGUCCACCCACUGCUCCCAUCCUAACCCCAGCUCCACCCAGCCUCAAGCCUCAGUGCACUAGAAAUGAGGACUGCCCUGCUGACCGUGCCUGCUACAGUGGCAGUUGCCAGAACCCGUGUGAGGUGGGCAAGCCUUGUGCACCUACAGCCCUCUGUGAUGCCAUCAGGCACCGCGCCCUGUUGUUCUUGUCCCAGAGGCAUGAGCGAGCCAAAAUGCUCUGUCCCGAAAGCUUGUUGGGUGACCCAUACGUGCGGUGUGAGAGACCAGAGUGUACCAGUGACCCUGAGUGUCCAUCAUGGCUGGCCUGCAUCUCCCAGGAGUGUCGAGAUCCUUGUAACUGUGGACCAGGAGCCCAGUGUCGUGUCAUCAACCACCGUCCAUUGUGUACCUGCCCUCCAGACCAUCAAGGAGACCCCAAUGUUCAGUGUGUACCCAAGCCAGCAUUGGAACCAUCGUACAAGGAGUGCCAGACAGAUGGUGAAUGCCCCAGCAAGAUGGCAUGCUUUGACGGCCGUUGUGAUGACCCUUGCCAGGUGAUCAAUCCCUGCGGCACUAAUGCCAAGUGCCAUGUCAUCGACACACUUCCCUUCAGGACGAUGACCUGCGAGUGUCUGCCAGGCUUCACUGGCAAUGCCUACGUUGAGUGCACAUUACGACCGACAGUGGAGCCAGGAUGUACGACGGAUGAUGAGUGUCCUCCAACAGAAGUGUGUCGUAAUAGACAGUGCCUUGACCCAUGUGCCGUCCUCAAUCCUUGUGCUCCCAAUGCUGAGUGCCAGGUUCUCAAUCGACGAACUGACUGCUCAUGUCCACCUGGCCGCACUGGUAACCCUCAUGUCAACUGCUAUGAAAGUAAGUAUUUACACCACACUCAUGUCUUCCUUUCCUCACCUACCAUGAUAUACAAACCUAGGUGUAUAUCUCCAAGUGUAUAUAAACAUAAUACCAGCAUCAGGUCCUUCAUCUCCUACAGAUCCUCCUCUAGUCUGAACCACCAACAAGAAGACCGCCUGAACCAACUAGUCCAAGACCACCACCUCUACCAAUUAUUCCACCUCUUGUCAUUGCCUGUGAGAACAAUGAUGACUGUGCUUCAGACAAUUCUUGUAUCAACAACCUCUGCUAUGAUGUGUGUAUGCCUGGGGUGUUGUGGAGAUGAUGCAGAGUGUAAAAUUGCCAAACAUCGUCCAGUUUGUAACUGUCCUCCAGGAACAACAGGAGAUCCUUUACGCGAAUGUGUGUCUUUAGUUGCAGAAAAACCUAUCAGUCUAAAGCCUCCAAUAGCAGAAAUUAUGCCAACCCAGCCUGGGGACCCAGUACAUCCAAUAACUGGACCAACAAGUCCUGGUGCACCACCACUGGCUGAACACUCAAGGCCUAGACCCCCACUGCCUCCAGUGACACUACCACCACCACCACCACCCACACCUGGUCCCCUGCCUGUGGGAUGUGAAAGUUCUGAUGAUUGUCCAUUCGAUAACUCCUGUGUAAACAAACUUUGUUUUGACAUUUGUCAUCCUGGUUUAUGUGGAGAAAAUGCAGACUGUGAAACGGUUCGACACCAUCCUACUUGCACCUGUCCAUUAGGAACCACAGGCAAUCCAAAUGUCAAGUGCUCAGCUCUUGCUGUGGAUGAUCUAGUACCACUACCUCCUCCAAUUGUUGGAGACAGGCCUCCUGCAGAUGAGAUAGCCAUCCAUCCAAUAACUGGUCCCACAGCCCCAGGACUUCCUCCGCUGGUAGAGGAGCCAAAACGUCCACCAACAGAACCACCUGUCACACGUCCUCCUCCACCUGUGAUAGUUCCUCUAGUACCUGUUGCUUGUGAGAACAAUGAUGAUUGUGACAUGGACAACUCAUGUUUGAAUCAGCUUUGUUAUGAUGUCUGUAGCCUUGGCAUUUGUGGUGAAAAAGCUGAAUGUGUGAGUAUAAAUCACAGACCAGUGUGUCUUUGUUAUCCCGGAACAACUGGAGAUCCACAAGAAGGCUGUAGAGCUAUUUCAACUGAAAAACCUGUCAUAACUACUGAGCACCCCAUUGCUGACAUAACUGUUGAUAGAGAAAAACCUAUACACCCAGUUGUUGGUCCAAGUACAUCCCCACCAUUACCGCUAGCUGAAGCUCCAAUACCUCACACUACGGAACCUCCUGCUCCACUGCCUCCUCCAAUACCAACUGCACCUCCAAAUGCCGUAGGUUGUGUUAGUAGUGAUGACUGUCCAGUUGAAAACAGCUGCAUCAAUCGCCUCUGUUUGGAUAUAUGUCAUCCUGGUUUUUGUGGUGAAGCAGCUGACUGUAGGACUGUGGGACACCGCCCUUCUUGUGUGUGUCCACCAGGCACGACUGGCAAUCCAACAGAGAGGUGCAUGGCUCUUGCUACUGAGAUAGCUGUUACCCACAGUCCAAUGGCAGGUAUAACAGUCUUACCUCCUGGUGAGCCAGUAAUACCAGCAUCAGGUCCUUCAUCUCCUACAGAUCCUCCUCUAGCUGAACCACCAACAAGAAGACCGCCUGAACCAACUAGUCCAAGACCACCACCUCUACCAAUUAUUCCACCUCUUGUCAUUGCCUGUGAGAACAAUGAUGACUGUGCUUCAGACAAUUCUUGUAUCAACAACCUCUGCUAUGAUGUGUGUAGUCUGGGGGUUUGUGGAGAUGAUGCAGAGUGUAAAAUUGCCAAACAUCGUCCAGUUUGUAACUGUCCUCCAGGAACAACAGGAGAUCCUUUACGCGAAUGUGUGUCUUUAGUUGCAGAAAAACCUAUCAGUCUAAAGCCUCCAAUAGCAGAAAUUAUGCCAACCCAGCCUGGGGACCCAGUACAUCCAAUAACUGGACCAACAAGUCCUGGUGCACCACCACUGGUUGAACACUCAAGGCCUAGACCCACACUGCCUCCAGUGACACUACCACCACCACCACCCACACCUGGUCCCCUGCCUGUGGGAUGUGAAAGUUCUGAUGAUUGUCCAUUCGAUAACUCCUGUGUAAACAAACUUUGUUUUGACAUUUGUCAUCCUGGUUUAUGUGGAGAAAAUGCAGACUGUGAAACGGUUGGACACCGUCCUACUUGCAACUGUCCAUUAGGAACUACAGGCAAUCCAAAUGUCAAGUGUUCAGCUCUUGCUGUAGAUGCACCAGUUCCUCUCCAUCCUCCAGUUGUUGGAGACAGGCAUCCUAUAGAGCAGAUAAUCAUCCAUCCAAUCACAGGUCCCACAGCCCCAGGACUUCCUCCUCUGGCAGAGAAACCAAAACAUCCUACUACAGAGCCACCUCUCACACGACCUCCACCACCUCCGAUAGUUCCUCUAGUACCUGUUGCUUGUGAGAACAAUGAUGAUUGUGACAUGGACAACUCGUGUCUAAAUCAGCUUUGUUAUGAUGUUUGCAGCCUUGGCAUUUGUGGCGAAGACGCUGAUUGUAAAACACUGAACCACCGGCCAGUGUGUUUGUGCCCACCUGGAACAACAGGGAAUCCUCAAGUAAUAUGCUCUUCUCUUGUCACUCUCCCGCCAGAAACUGUUGGACCAAUACCUGGGAUAACUUCAGUUCCUCCUAGCGAGCCUGUGUUGCCAAUUGCUGCAUCUACUGAGGUCCCUCUCCCUCCGCUAGUGUCCAUGCCUCCGGUUCACCCUGCUCUGCCAGAGCCUCCUGUUAUUCCCUUUGUACCAACUCCUCCCCCUCUUCCCACUGGCUGCUCCAGCAAUGAUGAGUGCCCAUUUGAUAAUACUUGUGUUAACCAGCUAUGCUUUGAUGUGUGUUAUCCUGGAUUGUGUGGUCAUAAUGCUAAUUGUCAGACAACAGAACAUCGACCUGCUUGUGUGUGUCCUAAGGGCACCACUGGCAACCCUACUAUAGCCUGUAUAGCUUUGGUCACAGAAAGCUCAGUUGAGCCUCUACCCCCAUUGGUUCAUUCUACUCCCCACCCACCCGAAGAUAUCAUGGUGCCCAUCCUUCCACCAACAACGCCAAGGCCUCCACCACUAGUAGUGAUGCCCACUACAACACCUGAACCUUUACCACCUAGGCCUCCAAUAACUCCUAUUCUACCCCCAAUUGUUAUUGCAUGCCAGAACAAUGAUGAAUGUCCUGCAGACAACUCUUGCCUGAACCACAUCUGUUAUGAUGUCUGUUCUCUAGGCAUCUGUGGUGAGAAUGCUGAGUGUCAGAUCUUUAAUCAACGUCCAGUUUGUGAGUGCCCCACUGGUACUAGAGGCAAUCCUACAGAGGGCUGCCAGGCAAUACAUAUGGAGCACACAACGCUGGCCAUGCCCACCAAGGACACCCCAUCACCAGUUGUAGAUGUAUCAGUCAUACCAGUGGCAGCCCCUGACCACACUACUCCACUACCACUGUUUGAGCUGAGCAGUCCUAGGCCCUCUCCACCACCCUUUGUUACGCCGCCUCUUCCACCAACAGCUCCACCUUUUCCAGUUGGCUGCCAAAGUGCAGACGAGUGCCCAUAUGACAAUUCAUGUGUUAACCAACUCUGUCUCGACAUAUGUUAUCCAGGCCUGUGUGGUGAAAAUGCUGAAUGUCAGACAAGAGCACAUAAGAUAGAAUGCAAGUGCCCACCUGGGACCACUGGGAACCCAACUCUCAAGUGUUCUGCAUUAUCCGUGCUCCAGCCCACUAUACCACAGCCUCCAAUUAGUGGGGCUCACACCCCACUGUCACAGCAACCUCUGCAACCCAUAGCUGCUCCAGACUCUACUACACCCUCACCAAUGGCAGAGGUAACCACCACCAGGUCACCCGAGCCUUUUAUUCCUGUCCACCCACCUCCGCCCAUCAUCCCACCAAUAUUAAUAGCCUGUGAGAACAAUGAUAAUUGUGACAUAGACAACUCUUGCAUUAACCUACUGUGCUACCCUGUUUGCUCUUUGGGAAUUUGUGGAGAAAAUGCAGAAUGCAAAUCCCUGGACCACCGAGCAGUGUGUAUAUGUCCCAGCGGAACUACGGGCAACCCACAGCAUCAUUGUCAGGCACUUGUGACAGAGGUGCCUCCCACCCUGCCACCACCUUUCAAGGAGAUUCACCCACAACCCAAGGAACCCAUCAUGCCUGUGGCAGCCCCCACCUCGCCCACACAUCCUCCAUUGGUGCUGACACAGCCACCACAGGUGACAGAGCCACCUGCUUCUCCCCCUGCAUUACCAGUCACUGAUGGGCCUCUACCCAUUGGGUGUACAACCAGUGGAGUGUGCGCGUUUGAUGAGCAGUGUUACAACCGUCUUUGUGUUAAGGUAUGCAGUGUGCAGCCAUGCCAGACAGACUCUGAGUGUAUUGCUCAGAUGCACCAGGCUAUAUGUACCCCAGUUGUGGCUCUAACUGAGAAGCCUCAGUGUUUGCUGGAUGAGCACUGCUUCAACACACAGGUGUGCACCAGUGGUGUGUGUAGGGAGGUCUGCCUUACCACCAACCCCUGUGCCCCUAUGGCUGUGUGCACCGCUCAUAACCAUCGACCCAUAUGUAAUUGUCCUCCGGGUUAUAUAGGAAAUCCCUUUGUGGCAUGCCGCCGCCCAGAGCCACCCACCCCACCACCCUACCAGCCGCCCACCACUCCACAACCCGAAUGCCUCGUGGAUAACGAUUGUGCUUACAACUUGGCAUGUCUCAACCAGCAGUGCCAAGACCCAUGCCAGAGCAGAGAUGUAUGUGGCUUCAAUGCUGAGUGCAUAGUCACUGUUCACACACCAACAUGUAUGUGUAGUCCUGGCUACACUGGCAACCCAUAUGUAAGGUGCCGUCCACCCACUGCUCCCAUCCUAACCCCAGCUCCACCCAGCCUCAAGCCUCAGUGCACUAGAAAUGAGGACUGCCCUGCUGACCGUGCCUGCUACAGUGGCAGUUGCCAGAACCCGUGUGAGGUGGGCAAGCCUUGUGCACCUACAGCCCUCUGUGAUGCCAUCAGGCACCGCGCCCUGUGUUCUUGUCCCAGAGGCAUGAGCGGUGACCCCCAUCUUCAGUGCACCAGCAUCGAGGUGUCCACUCCACAGCCUGAAUGUUUAGAGGAUGAGCGGUGCAGCGACACCUUGGCUUGCAUCAAUGAGCACUGCCAAGACCCCUGUGCCCUCUAUGAUAACUGUGCCCCAAAUGCCGAGUGUCAUGUCAUUCGUCAUAGGGCAGUGUGUUCAUGCCCCGACGGUUACAUUGGCAACCCUAACAUCCAGUGUUUAGUGGCUGGGUGUCGCUCAAAUUCGGAGUGUCCUGUGCUCCAUGCCUGCAUCAACAGAGAGUGUGAAGACCCAUGCAAGUUUGAGAAGUGUGGCCUCAAUGCUGAAUGUCGCUCUCUCAACCAGAGAGCCAAGUGCUACUGUCCCGAAAGCUUGUUGGGUGACCCAUACGUGCGGUGUGAGAGACCAGAGUGUACCAGUGACCCUGAGUGUCCAUCAUGGCUGGCCUGCAUCUCCCAGGAGUGUCGAGAUCCUUGUAACUGUGGACCAGGAGCCCAGUGUCGUGUCAUCAACCACCGUCCAUUGUGUACCUGCCCUCCAGACCAUCAAGGAGACCCCAAUGUUCAGUGUGUACCCAAGCCAGCAUUGGAACCAUCGUACAAGGAGUGCCAGACAGAUGGUGAAUGCCCCAGCAAGAUGGCAUGCUUUGACGGCCGUUGUGAUGACCCUUGCCAGGUGAUCAAUCCCUGCGGCACUAAUGCCAAGUGCCAUGUCAUCGACACACUUCCCUUCAGGACGAUGACCUGCGAGUGUCUGCCAGGCUUCACUGGCAAUGCCUACGUUGAGUGCACAUUACGACCGACAGUGGAGCCAGGAUGUACGACGGAUGAUGAGUGUCCUCCAACAGAAGUGUGUCGUAAUAGACAGUGCCUUGACCCAUGUGCCGUCCUCAAUCCUUGUGCUCCCAAUGCUGAGUGCCAGGUUCUCAAUCGACGAACUGACUGCUCAUGUCCACCUGGCCGCACUGGUAACCCUCAUGUCAACUGCUAUGAAAUUCCAUUGGAGGAGCCUGAGUGUCGGGUGGAUCCAGACUGUACUAAUGAGCAGGCGUGCAUCAAGGAGGUGUGCGUGGACCCAUGUCUGGUAGAAGAGCCCUGUGGCCGCCAGGCUCUGUGCCGUACCAACCAACACCGGCCCAUUUGUUACUGUCCUGAAGGCUGGGCUGGAAACCCACGCACCGAGUGCUUCAAGCCUGACUGUAUGAAGGACGACGAGUGUCCCACGGACAAGAUGUGCGUCAAUCAACAUUGUGUUGACCCCUGCUUACACAGUGACCGUGCCUGUGGUACUAAUGCUGGGUGCCGUGCCAUCCUGCACCGUGCCCAGUGUUUCUGUCCUCCUGGCACCCAAGGCAACCCCACCAUUGCCUGCGUCACUGUUGGCUGUACCUCCAAUGAUGACUGUGCAGAUGAUAAAGCUUGUGACAGCUUGAAUCGUGUGUGCAUUCCAGUGUGUGAAGAAACUACGUGUGCAGUACAAGCAGAGUGCCGUGCUGCCAACCACGCAGCACUCUGCCUCUGUCCUCCACCUCUCACUGGCAACCCCUUCCUACAGUGCUACCAGGUAAAAGAGCCUGUCACAGAUGCUCCCAUUGAACCUGAAUGUCGCCAAGACUCUGACUGCCGCUCACAACAUGCAUGUAUCAACGCCUUGUGUCAGAACCCGUGUGUCAUCACCUCGCCAUGUCUGCCCUCUCAGGAGUGCCAUGUGGUAGACAGUGUUCCACUUAAGACCAUCAUGUGCCAGUGUCCACCGGAUUACAUCUUCGUCAAGGAGGGAAUCUGUGUCAGGCCAGAGCCAGAGUGUAGAAGUGACUCAGACUGUCAAAACCAUGAAGCUUGCAGAGAAGGCACCUGUGUCAACGUUUGUGGUGGAGAGCCAUGUGGCCUUAAUGCUGUAUGUCAAGGUGUCAAUCACAGGCACCAGUGUCAGUGUGCUGAAGGUUACACUGGUGAUCCCAACAUCCACUGCAAGAGAAUGCCUCCCCUGGUGACCCUGCCAGAACCUGACUGCCUCAUAGAUGAUGACUGCAGCAAGGAUUUAUCCUGUGCCGAUCAACGCUGUGUCAAUCCUUGUAUAAGAGAAAAUCCAUGUGCUAAGAAUGCUUUCUGUUACACACGCGACCACCGUCCUGUCUGCAGAUGUCCCGAAGGAUUCAUUGGUGACCCUCAGAUUGAGUGUCAGCCUUCCUCUGUGCCUGGACCAGUGGGGGUUGUGACCAACGACACCAUCGGGGGCGUCGGCCAGUCCUGUCACACCCACCAGGACUGUGGCCCCACUCAUUGGUGCCACGGGGGGCGCUGUGCCCACCCUUGCCCCACCUCUUGUCCCCCCAGUGCCCAGUGUCAGGUGCACCAACAGCGACCCAUAUGUUCUUGCCCGUCUUCCACCACGGGCCACCCCCAAGUGUCCUGCUCUGCAAUAGGCUGUGAGACAGAUUCUCACUGCCCCUACAAUGAAAAAUGUUACAAUGGCAACUGUCGCGACCCAUGCCAAGCAGGUCGGCCAUGUGCACCAAAUGCUCAGUGUACCUCUGACAACCACAGUGCUGUGUGCACCUGUCACCCUGGCUACACUGGACAGCCAACCACAUCCUGCCAUGCCAUCGGCUGCACAUCCAAUGAAGAAUGUCCAUCGGAGAAAGCUUGUUACCGAGGGUCAUGCGUGGAUCCAUGUCUGCUGGAGCCAGCAUGUGGCCCGAGCUCCACCUGCACUGCCCUGCACCAUACCAGCUCUUGUGUGUGCCGCCCAGGACUCUUGGGUGACCCUUACACUGGCUGCUUCCCACCACAUACAUCUCAUUGUCUUUCAGACUUUGAUUGUGCUGAAAAGCUUGGUUGUAUCGACGGAAUGUGUAAAGAUCUUUGCAUCUACCUGAAACCUUGUGGAGUGAAUGCUGUUUGCCGAACAAUUGAAACUGAUCAGUUACGUACAGUGUUAUGCGAGUGUCCACCAGGGCACACAGGAAGUGCUUAUGAUGAGUGCCAUAUGAUUGAUGAACCACAACCAGAAUGCCAGUUUGAUGCAGAUUGCCCAUUGUUCUACGCUUGUGUUAACAAGGAAUGCCAGGACCCAUGUGAAGAUAAACCGUGUGCUGAAGAUGCUGUGUGCCGAGCAGUCAACCACCGUCCCAUCUGCUACUGCCCUUCAGGCUACGUGGGAGAUGGGUACAAGACUUGUUCUUCACUGGAAUGUGAGAGUGAUGAAGGGUGUCUGGACACUAGUGUCUGUCACAACCAGAGGUGUGUUGAUGCUUGCUCUCUUUCCCAACCCUGUGGAGUCAACGCUAAGUGCUACUCCUCACACCACUCCACAGAGUGUCAAUGUGAGAUAGGUUAUAGUGGAAACCCAUAUGUCACCUGCUUUACUAUUGGAUGUAGGACUGACUCCUCCUGCCCCAGUACCCAUGCUUGUCUUAAUGGUAUCUGUGCUGAUGUGUGCAAAGUCAACAAUUCCUGCCAUACCAGCCAGAUCUGCAAGGCAACAGAUCACCAAGGUUCCUGUGGUUGUGCCCAGGGCUUCUACAGUCCCUCAGGAGGAGUAUGUGAGCCACGCCCCAGCGUUGACUGCAUCUCAGAUAAAGACUGCAGUCCAGAAGAAGUUUGCCUUGAUGGGAUCUGUCAAGACUUGUGUAAAGAGGGACCAUGUGGGUAUGAAGCAACAUGUAGCAUACAAGGAAGUCGUCCCCUUGCAACUGUACUAUGCCAGUGUGGUCCUGGUAUGACGGGAGAUCCCUUUACCCAGUGUAUUUCUGUUUCCACCCUCACCCCCGGUUGUAGCUCCCAGUAUGAUUGCUUGUGGGAUCAAACGUGCGUAGAAGGUCGCUGCGUCGAUCCUUGUCAGGAGAGUGGAUGUGCACCAGGGGCCAUAUGUCGUGCCCUGGGACACCGUGGUGUCUGUUCCUGCGCUGUCGGCUAUCAUGGUGACCCACAUCUAUUGUGUACCCCAGUUGGUUGCACUCAGAGAAGUGACUGUCCGGUGAAGGAAGCUUGUGUAAAUGGCCGCUGUGUGAACCCAUGUGAGUCUGACAAUCCUUGUGGACCAGGGGCUAAGUGCCAACCGACAGCAGAAGGCCCAACCUGCUCAUGUCUUGAGGGCUUCACAGGUGAUCCAUACACCAACUGCCAACCUACAGGAUGCUCCCAGGAUGCUCAGCCCCACCCAUCAGGCAUGCCAAAACCAGCAGUGCCAGACCCAUGCCAAAAAAUUCGGUGUGUUGCUAAUGCCGAGUGCCUUGUAAAAAAUCACCAAGCCGAGUGCCUGUGCCUGGAGGGAUACAAGGGUGACCCAGACCGUUAUUGUGAGCUACCACCCACAAGAGAAUGUAAUAAAGACCAAGAUUGUCCAGGUUUACAGGGAUGCAUAGACAACCAGUGUCAAGACCUGUGUGAUGCAGUACACCCUUGUGGCUCUGCUGCCAUAUGUAAGGUUUUGCCCAACCACCCCAUGAAAGCUAUGACCUGCAGCUGUCCUGAAGGUUUUAUUGGAGACCCAUACUAUUCCUGCACACCAAGUAAGAUUGAUGUGGAGAAAGGUUGCACAAGCGAUGCUGAGUGUCCCCUGGUGUUGUCAUGUGAGUCAGGAGAGUGCCGCAACCCCUGUCCUGCUGGAUGUGGCCCAAGUGCAAUCUGUUCUGUCCUCGACCAUCGACCUGUCUGCCACUGCCAACCUGGCUAUGUUGGUGACCCACAAGUGGGUUGCUCGAAGAUUGACUGUGAGUCCGACAUAGAGUGUCCCUCAUCAAAAGUGUGUGAUCGCAACACUUGCAUGGAUCCCUGCAGGAAGAACAACCCAUGUCCGCCAAGUGCUGUGUGCACCGGCAUCAACCACCAGGUACAAUGCCAGUGUCCACCAGGACCUCAGGAGACCCUCAUGUAUCUUGCCAGAGUGGAGUGUGUAGCUGAUCAGGACUGUAGGAGCUUUGAAGCUUGUGUGAAUGAGAAGUGUAAGGAUCCUUGUGCCUAUUACAAUCCCUGUGCUACAAAUGCUGUGUGCCAAGUGACUGAUCACACAUAUGAGUGUGAGUGCCCACCUGGCCUCCAUGGUGACCCAAGAUUCAGCUGUGAUAAACCUAAGGAUCCCAGUAGUUGCCUGGUAGAUCAAGAUUGCCCACCUACUCAUGGAUGUAUCCUUGAAUCCCUGGUAACUCGUUACCACAGUCAAGUUUCUGCCGUGUACAUACGGCUAGAUGACACUGACUCAGGUGCCACUUGCCGUGACCUUUGCAAGGAACACAAGCCAUGUGGACCUAGUGCCAUUUGCUCUGUCAUUGACUCCAAGCCUCGUCGCUCCAUGAGCUGCGCUUGUCCGCCUGGUUACCAUGGUGAUGCAAAAAUUGAAUGUCGUGAAAUACCAUUACAAGGCGGCUGCUCUCGCCAUGGAGACUGUCUAUAUAAUGAGGCGUGUGUUGAGGGUGUGUGCCGGGACCCCUGCAACUGCGGCCUCAAUGCCCAAUGUCGAGUGUCUCAGCAUCGUCCCUAUUGUACUUGUGCUCCUGGCUACACUGGUGACCCAGAUGUGGCCUGCUACACGGUGGGUUGUGUCAGCAAUGUCGACUGUCCAAGUGACAAGGUGUGUCUUGAGUACCAGUGUAUAGACCCAUGCACUGAAAUCUCUCCCUGUGCACCUUCAGCGACGUGCUCAGUACAACAACAUGAAGCCAAGUGUUCUUGUGCACCAGGAGAACAUGGUGACCCUGCUAUUCAGUGCUUAUCUCUAGGGUGCCGUAACAACAAUGAGUGCCCUCCCAGUCGUGCCUGCAUCAACAACCAGUGCCACAACCCAUGCAGGGAUGAUGUGUGUGGUGUGGGGGCAACCUGCAAUUUUCACAAUCGCAACCUUACUUGUAGCUGCCCAGAAGGAUACAAGGGUGACCCAAGAGUUGCUUGCAGACCACAGUCUUAUGCUUGUAUGGCUGAUUAUGACUGUGGUGUAGGGCUGGUGUGUGUGCGUGGGGUUUGUGCAGACCCUUGUAAACAGGAGAAGCCAUGUGCUUCCAAUGCAAUGUGCACCGUUCAGGAAACACGACCCAUCAAAUCUGUUACCUGCACCUGUCCAGCAGGGUUCACUGGUGAUGCACAAGUCCAGUGCAGGAAAAUAACUGUUCCACCUGAGGCACUGUGCUUGCGGGACAGUGAAUGCCCUGACAGCCUGGCAUGCCUUGGUGGGCAGUGUGUCGACCCUUGCUCGUGCGGUGAGAAUGCAGUGUGUCGCGUUAUCAAUCACCAUGCCGUGUGCUCCUGCGCCCUGGACUAUGAUGGAGAUCCUUACACUGCUUGUUUCUACAAGGGAUGUACAACUGAUGACAGCUGUCCGACAACAUACAUUUGCCACAACAGUUACUGCAUUGAUCCGUGCCAUGUCAACAACCCAUGUGCCAUCAAUGCCGAGUGCUUUGCUGUCAAUCGUGAGGCUCGCUGUCGGUGUCCAACUGGCUUAGAUGGUGACCCACAUGUCAAAUGCCAGACACUUAAGUGUGAGAUUGAUACUGACUGUCCAAAAGACCGAACCUGCCAACAUGGGCAGUGUGUAGAUCCCUGUAUAUACACCACAUGUGCAGACAGUGCCAUCUGCACUCCUGCUGAACAUCGUGGAGAGUGCCGUUGUGCUCCUGGUUACAGAGGCGAUGCAACAUUCAGAUGUGAGCCUGAUGUGGAGCCCAUCUGCACAAAAGACAAGGAUUGUGGCACAGGUCUGGCUUGCAUCAGUGAGCAUUGUCAGAGCCUCUGUAGCUCUAAGGUGUGUGGGGAGAAUGCAGUGUGUCACGUGGUUGAGUCUGUACCCUUCAAGGCCAUGGUGUGCAAGUGUCUGCCUGGCCAAGUGGGCGAUGCACAUACACAGUGUAGACUGAUUCCAGAGAAGACAGGUUGUGUACGUGACAAGGAUUGUGCCAUGGGUUUGGCAUGUGUGGGAGGAGUGUGUCGUGACCCUUGCAACUGCGGCGUCAACGCACUCUGUACUGUCAUCAAACACAGGCCAAUAUGUACCUGUGCCCAGGGUUAUGAGGGCAACCCACAUAUAGCUUGUUCUGCUACUGGGUGCACCAGCAACUCCCAGUGCCCAGAUGAUCGUGCCUGCUACAAUGGUAAUUGUGUCAGCCCAUGCUUGUUGGACAACCCGUGUUCCCCAAGAGCGGAGUGUCGACCCAUCGCUCACAAGGCUACCUGCUUCUGUGCUUCUGGCACCAGUGGUGACCCUCUUAAAGAAUGCAAGGUCAUUGGAUGCUCAACAAACAGAGACUGUCCCCCAGAUCGUGCUUGCUUAAAUGGUCGUUGUUUAGACCAGUGUAUUUACAAUAAUACCUGUGCACCAAACACAGAGUGUCGCAGCAUUGAUCACAGAGUUGAAUGUCGCUGUCCAGUCGGUUUUGAAGGCAUUCCAACAGUUGUUUGUAGAGAAAAGACUCCACGUGAUUGUCGUUCAGACUUUGAUUGUGAGUCUGAGUAUGGGUGCAUGGAGGGAAGGUGCCAGAAACCUUGCCAGGUGCUGAAGCCAUGCCAAGACCCAACAGUGUGCACUCUGGUAGCUACAAGACCCCUCAAGACCAUGACCUGCAGCUGUCCUUCACAUAUGGUCACCUCCCGCCAGGGGCAGUGUGUUAACUUGGAGCUCCCAAUAAGUGUGGGCUGUCGUGCGGAUAGUGAGUGCCCAGGCGACCAGGCAUGCCUCAACACCCGCUGUGUAACGCCAUGUUCCUGUGGUCAACAUGCAGAGUGUUAUGUCCGUGACCACCGGCCCAUCUGUACCUGUCUCCCAGGAUACCAAGGAAACCCCAACAUUGGAUGCUACAAAGCUGGCUGUAGCAAGGAUGAGGAGUGCCCAUUGGACACGAUGUGUUCCAGUGGUGUGUGUAUAAACCCAUGUGCAGUAAAAGACCCAUGUGACAUCAGUGCUGAGUGCUACCCUGAGAAUCACCACUCCAAGUGUCGCUGCACCAGUGGACUUGAGGGUGACCCUUAUGUCAGAUGUCAAGUUAUCGGCUGCAGGAGCAACACAGAAUGUCCAACAGACAAGGCUUGUGUUAAUCGCCAGUGUGUGAACCCUUGCUUCUACGACAAUUUGUGUGCUCCCAAUGCUGAAUGUUAUGUUUUCCAGCACACAAUUGGCUGUCGGUGUCCAACCGACAUGCCUUAUGGCGACCCCCGAUUCAUAUGCGAGGAGAAGAAAGUUUUAGUAGAACAUCCUAAGCCUGAAUGUGUUGCAGACUUGGACUGCCCCAGCAAACAAGCGUGCAUUAAUGAGCAGUGUUCCAACCCUUGCCACACACUCAGCCCCUGUGACAGGACAGCCAUGUGUGAUGUGGUCGACUCCAUCCCUGUAAGAACCAUGAUUUGUGUAUGUCCAGAGGGCUUUAUUAUGACUGAUGAGGGCACCUGUGAAUUGAUUGCACUUGAAAUACCAUCUGGAUGCCGUGCUGAUUCAGAAUGCCCAACAGAGGAAGCUUGCAUCAACCGCAUGUGCCGCAUUCCUUGCGAGUGUGGCCGUAAUGCCAACUGUGAGAUCAUCAAUCAUCGUUCAGUUUGCACUUGUGAAGUAGGAUUUCAGGGUAAUCCUAAUAUUGGUUGCUUCCCAAUUGGCUGUCAGCAUGACAGUGAGUGCGAGGACACCCAAGCGUGCUAUGAUGGGGUCUGUGCUAAUCCAUGUCUCGUUGAUGACCCUUGCCCUACUAAGUCAGAAUGCUACGCUAAGGAACACAGAGCUUAUUGUCGCUGUCCGUCAGGUUUUCAAGGUGAUGGCUACACCAAGUGCCUUGCUAUCGGUUGCCGGGCAAACUCAGAAUGUCCUAGUGAUAGAGCAUGUAUAAAUAACAUUUGUGUAGAUCCUUGUGCAUAUGAUCCCUGUUCCUCCAACGCUGAAUGUGUGAUCGUCGACCACAUUGCUCGGUGCAGGUGCCCACCAGGAAUGACUGGCGACCCCAAGGUAGGGUGUCUACCUGCCAUACAACCUGUAUGUAUUACAGAUGGUGACUGUCCAAGUCAACAUGCUUGUAUUGAUGAGAAGUGUGUUAACCCAUGCAAGGUCUUAGAGCCAUGUCAUGAGUCUGCUGAAUGUAAGGUAGUUGAUACACUCCCUGUAAGGACAAUGCUUUGUAUUUGUGCUGAUGGUGAAGUGACUGAUGAAGGAGGAGAAUGUGAGGUGUUACCACCAAUUAAAGCAGCAUGUGAAGUAGACCCAGAUUGUCCUUCAGAAAAAGCCUGCUUCACUGGCAUUUGCAAAGACCCAUGCCAGUGUGGUGCCAAUGCUGACUGUGAAAUUGUUGAGCACCACCCUGUGUGUACAUGCAAGCGGGGCUAUGAAGGUGAUCCAGAGAUUCGUUGUAUUGAAAUUGGUUGUUAUGGAAAUGACGACUGUCCAACAACUCAUGCCUGUCGCAAUGGUCAAUGUGCGCCAGUGUGUGGACCCAACAAUGAGCCAUGUGGGAAGGAGGCUGUAUGCCAGGGAGUUAAUCAUGAAGCAGUCUGCUAUUGCCCGCCUGGCUCACGGGGCAACCCACGAACACAAUGUAUCGCUAUUGGCUGUGUGUCUAACGAUGCAUGUCCUGAUGACCGCAGCUGCAUCAACCAACGAUGUGAAAGUCCCUGCAGUCUUGAAUUAUGCAAAGAGCCUGCCACCUGCCAUACCCAGGACCACAUUUCAGAUUGUCCUUGCCCACCUGGUUUCAAUCGUACCAUUGAUAAUGGUUGUGAGAUGUUGGUGAUAGGGUGCAGGUCAGAUGUAGAGUGCCCAAGUAAGACAGUAUGCAUUAAUGGUAAGUGCAUUGACCCGUGUGGCCUCGACCCCUGCGGUGAGAACACCGAGUGCCGAGUGAUCGACACAGUGCCAGUGAGGAUCAUUGCCUGUGAGUGUCUGCCGGGAUACCAGGGUGAUGCUGCUGAAAAGUGUAUCCCAAUGAGACCAGACGAGCCACCAAUCAUUGUGGGUUGCACUACUGAUGAUGAGUGUCCAGUGGACAAGAUGUGUAACCAAACAGUGUGUGUCCCUCCUUGUAAUGACCUUCCCUGUGCCAAGUAUGCCCUCUGCAUCAAUGCCAACCACAAGGCCAUCUGCAACUGCAUAUCCGGCUACUCUGGAGAUCCUUACCAAAAAGACGAUGGUUGCAAGCCGACCUUUGCCAGGACGGACUUCCCUCGGCCUGAUAUGUUGGUCAACUGCCUGGCUGAUGGUGUACAGGUGGACAUCAACGUAGGCGACCCAGGUUUCAACGGGGUCAUGUACGUCAAGGGCUACUCUAAGAAUGAGGAGUGUCGCAGGGUUGUCAAGCCAGAUGUUGACGUUGGCACCAUUGAUUUCAAAGUCAAGUUUAAUACCUGUGGCCUCAUCCAUGAAAAUGGUCUGGCCAGGUUCAUCCUUGUGUUACAGAAACACCCAAAACUAGUGACAUACAAAGCCCAAGCCUACCAUGUCAAGUGCACCUACAACACUGGCGAGAAGACCAUAACUAUUGGGUUCAAUGUAUCCAUGUUAACAACAGCUGGCACCAUUGCCAACACAGGCCCACCCCCAACUUGCCUUAUGAGGAUCACCGACCCUAGUGGUGGCACCAUAGACAAAGCUGAGAUUGGUGACCUGCUUAUGCUAAGAAUUCAGGUUGAACCAUCCAAUAUCUAUGGUGGGUUUGCACGCAGCUGCGUUGCCCUCACAGCUAACACAGAUGGUACAGAUAAUGAGCAUCUGGUGACAGACGAGAAUGGCUGUGCAACAGAUCCAUCAAUAUUUGGCGAGUGGGAGCAAGACGAUGGGGAAGGCAAAGCACUGGUUGCCCUUUUCAGUGCAUUUAAGUUCCCAUCAUCUAAUUCUAUAAGAUUCCAGUGCAAUGUCAGAGUCUGCUUCGGCCGGUGUCAUCCUGUAAACUGCAAUGGGUACGAUGCCUUUGGUAGACGUCGUCGUCGUCAGGUAGAGGAGGAUGCCGAGGUGUUGUACAGACCUGAAUCAGUUUAUGAUGGUCAGCUUAGGGAGAUUCAGGUCAGCUCUCAGGCCAUCCUCACUGUCGAGAGCCGUAGUGAGAGGUUCACCGCACCAGAGAAUCCAGAAAACGUUGGGGUUGAAGAGGUGUGCGUGAGCAAAUGGGGCUUCAUCAUUGCCCUCAUAAUCACAGCACUACUGGCCCUAGUUGCUGUGGCAGUGGCAGUCUCCUGUUGGCUGAUGGCAUAUCGACGACGCCCUAAGCACGGAGGCCCUCUGCCUCACCCACCAGAGUUCCCCAACCCACUCUUUACUACUCCUGAGCCACUAGCUGAACCUUCACCAGACUACCUCUCCUGAGGGAUGUCUCGCAAGGCCCCAAGGCCUCGCACUCCUUAGUACUGUGAUUGACUCUCCUCUCAAAGAGGAGCAUCUCUUAAGACUGAAACACAUUCUAUGAAAAUGAUGUGGAAAUAAACAGUCCAUUGUGAAUUUCCAAAAAUGAGACUUUCGUGUGAAUUAUAUUGAAAAAAAUUGUUAUUUACUGUGUGAAUAUUUCAACAGAAUUGUGACUGAUAUGUAUGAGAAAGUUGCAUGAUUAGGAACAUCCCUAGCAUGUCACAUUUCAUAAACUUUCAAUGUCCUAAGUUCUGCAGAAACCACUGGGAUGUGUCAUGCAGGAAGUUCCUGAUCAUGUCUUGUGACCGAAGAGAUAUGAAACAUUUUUCUAUUUGUACAAAGUCAUUCUAUAAAAUUCUGCCUGAAAGUGUGCCCAUUCUGUUAUAUUUGUUCUAAGGCAAUUUGGGUGUCAUUCCAGGCAUGACAUAGCAGUGGAAUAUUGUCCCAGGGUUAGUGAUGAAUAAUGUGCUUGAAAACUUUAAAUAUUCACCUGACCAAUUAGUCCAAAGAUUUCACUAUUUUAUACAUCAACAUUAAUUAAAAGAUGUGCUAAAACAUUAAGUAACUAGGUGCUUAUGGGCAAAUCCCUGUUAUGUCCAACUUCCAAGUGUCAAAUGUAAAGUGGAAAGAGAUUUUUACUCCCAUUAUGUGGCAAGUCGCCUCUCUUCUGUUAAGAGGAGUCUUGUUAGCAUGGGCAACAAAAUCGCUCACCACAUUACAGUGUAUAAAGUUGGUCUGCCAUGGCGGCUAUGGGGAGUCAUAAGUGGUUAUUGGCAGCUUGUGCUGCAGCUGGUUAUUACAGUGGUUAGUGAUUUGUUUUUAAGAGAUUUUAGAGUCGCACAAAGUUGACCUCCCCCUAUUUACUUGGCAGAACUGAAUCUAUGGUUAUUAAGAUGUUUUAAGUUAUAUUUGUGCACUUAGGUAAUAAGGCUGAGUGUUUUACUGUUUUUAUGAGCAAAGAACUUGUAAUUGCAGUUAUUUGUCACCACUUUACAAGUGUUUUUUUAAAAAAAAAAAAUUCUCAAAUCUGGAAAUGUCCGAGAAGUCUCAGCUAACAUUCUGUAAAGUCCACACAUAGAUGAAGUAGAUAAGUUGAAAGUUCAGAUGUUACUAAAAAAAAAAAAGUACGUUUGAAAAAUGUGAUAAUUUUUGUUUUGCAACUUUUACUCAUUUAGCCUAACCAUCAA